AUGGAGCCAGGGGUACGGUGAGAAAUGCAGGGGACAUAUUAGAUUCCUGCGCUUCAUUGUUAGAGAAAGAGAGCAGUGUAAACAGAAGGGUAAUGCAGUUUCCCAUGUAGAUUUAGAAUGCUAAUGGCACCCAAUUCCUCAUUUAGUGCACUACUAAAUAGGGAAUAUGGCACCACUUUUGACCAUAGCCCUAUGGGCCCUGGACAUAAGUAGUGCACUAAAUAGGGAUUAGGUUGGCAUUUGGGACUUAGACAGAUUGGUUGCAGGGUACGUGGGAAAGGAAAGGUAAUUUAUAUGAGAUGGGUUGAAGAGCGGGAAGAGGGGGAGGGAGAAAGGAAGCGGGAAAGAUACCAAAAUGUUCUCAUCUCCUGCUGUAUACUUACACGCACAAAUAUUUCAGGAUGUACCUGCCCAUUUGUUUGGAGAGAGGUGCCACAGAUUAAUGCAAACCUGUUCUUGUUCUAGUGUUGGAUUGCGUCCCAAAUGUAACCAUAUCCCCUAUAUUGUGCACUACUCUAUUUAAAAGAAGUGCACUGUAUAGGGAAUACGGUACCAUUUGGGACACACUCUUGGAAUGAGGAACAUGAUGAAGAAAAUUGUUUAAAAAAAUAAUUUAUUUCACCUUUAUUUAACCAGGUAACCCAGUUGAACAAGUUCUCAUUUACAACUGCGACCUGGCCAAGAUAAAGCAAAGCAGUGCGAUAAAAAACAACAACACAGAGUUACAUAUGGGGUAAAACAAAACAUAAAGUCAAAAAUACAACAGAAAAUAUAUAUAGACAGUGUGUGCAAAUGUAGCAAGUUAUGGAGGUAAGGCAAUAAAUAGGCCAUAGUGCAAAAUAAUUACAAUUUAGUAUUAACACUGGAAUGAUAGAUGUGCAAGAGAUGAUGUGCAAAUAGAGAUACUGGGGUGCAAAUGAGCAAAAUAAAUAACAAUAUGAAGAUGAGGUAGUUGGGUGGGCUAAUUUCAGAUGGGCUGUGUACAGGUGCAGUGAUCGGUAAGGUGCUCUGACAACUGAUGCUUAAAGUUAGUGAGGGAGAUGAGCUGUCCUCUUGAUUUGUGGAAAGGGAGACUGUUACUUUCUAGAAGUUUUAUAUUUUUGUUAGAGCCAGUGCCAACAGGGGACUGUUUCUUGGGUUGGAUGAAUCCUUCUCUUUUUCUCUCGAUCUCUCUCGCUCGCUCUAGACUCCUCUGAACCUGCUAUGAUAAGCACAUCGGAGAGUAGAGAUUAAAGUAUGUAACCAUCGGUUUCUGAUACUCCCAAAUGGCACCUUAUUCCCUAUGUAGUGUACUACUUUGACCAGUGCCCAUAGGGUGCCAUUUGGGUAGUGCUGAGCGAUUUAAAUGAAAUUUCAAGCAACUAGUUAUUUUCCAUUUUGUUUUUUGUCAGUUCCAUGCGCACAUACAGUGAGGGGGAAAAAAGUAUUUGAUCCCCUGCUGAUUUUGUACGUUUGACCACUGACAAAGACAUGAUCAGUCUAUAAUGUUAAUGGUAGGUUUAUUUGAACAGUGAGAGACACUAUAACAACAAAAACAUCCAGAAAAACGCAUGUCAAAAAUGUUAUGAAUUGAUUUGCAUUUUAAUGAGGUAAAUAAGUAUUUGACCCCUCUGCAAAAUAUGACUUAGUACUUGGUGGCAAAACCCUUGUUGGCAAUCACAGAGGUCAGACGUUUCUUGUAGUUGGCCACCAGGUUUGCACACAUCUCAGGAGGGAUUUUGUCCCACUCCUCUUUGCAGAUCUUCUCCAAGUCAUUAAGGUUUCAAGCCUGAUGUUUGGCAACUCGAACCUUCAGCUCCCUCCACAUAUUUUCUAUGGGAUUAAGGUCUGGAGACUGGCGAGGCCACUUCUUGAGCCACUCCUUUGUUGCCUUUGCCGUUUUGGGUCAUUGUCAUGCUGGAAUACCCAUCCACGACCCAUUUUCAAUGCCCUGGUUGAGGGAAGGAGGUUCUCACUCAAGAUUUGAUGGUACAUGACACCGUCCAUCGUCCCUUUGAUGCGGUGAAGUUGUCCUGUCCCCUUAUCAGAAACCCCCCCCCAAGGCAUAAUGUUUCCACCUCCAUGUUUGACGGUGGGGAUGGUGUUCUUGGGGUCAUAGGCAGCAUUCCUCCUCCUCCAAACACGGCGAGUUGAGUUGAUGCCAAAGAGCUCGAUUCUGGUCUCAUCUGACCACAACACUUUCACCCAGUUCUCCUCUGAAUCAUUCAGAUGUUCAUUGGCAAACUUCAGACGGGCCUGUGUAUGUGCCUUCUUGAGCAGGGGGACCUUGUGGGCGCUGCAGGAUUUCAGUCCUUCACGGCGUAGUGUGUUACCAAUUGUUUUCUUGGUGACUAUGGUCCCAGCUGCCUUGAGAUCAUUGACAAGACCCUCCCGUGUAGUUCUGGGCUGAUUCUUCACCGUUCUCAUGAUCAUUGCAACUCCACGAGGUGAGAUCUUGCAUGGAGCCCCAGGCUGAGGGAGAUUGACAGUUAUUUUGUGUUUCUUCCAUUUGCGAAUAAUCGCACCAACUGUUGUCACCUUCUCACCAAGCUGCUUGGCGAUGGUCUUGUAGCCCAUUCCAGCCUUGUGUAGGUCUACAAUCUUGUCCCUGACAUCCUUGGAGAGCUCUUUGGUCUUGGCCAUGGUGGAGAGUUUGGAAUCUGAUUGAUAGAUUACUUCUGUGGACAGGUGUCUUUUAUACAGUUAACAAACUGAGAUUAGGAGCACUCCCUUUAAGAGUGUGCUCCUAAUCUCAGCUCGUUACCUGCAUAAAAGACACCUGGGAGCCAGAAGUGUUUAUGAUUGUGAAGGGGUCAAAUAAUUAUAUCCCUCAUUAAAAUGCAAAUCAAUUCAUAAAAUUUUUGACAUGUGUUUUUCUGGAUUUUGUUGUUGUUAUUCUGUCUCUCACUGUUCAAAUAAACCUACCAUUAAAAUUAUAGACUGAUCAUGUCUUUGUCAGUGGGCAAACGUACAAAAUCCGCAGGGGAUCAAAUACUUUUUUCCCUCACUGUAGCACAGUUUCUCUAGAGAUAAAUCGUAUCCAGCCUGAACUGUGCGACGUACUAGGGAGUUGUAGUUUUGUGAGGUAUCUCUACCUGAAAAUACAUGAUCAAAGUGAUUUGAUAGUUGGUAUUCAGCAGUGAUAAAAGUAUUCCUUAUUUACUUUGAAGAACUACUAAAAUAGUGAUUUAGUCAGACCGCAUAGGCAGCAGCUCUAUAGAGAUGAGAUGAUGACUUGGAAUGAAAUAAUUUAGUAAAAUAAAACAAAUGUAAUAUACACAACAACUGAAAUAUUUCACUUAAAGUAAUGUGAAUAAAUGAUGGUUAAGAAGCGAUAGGCAGUAAUGGGGACUUUUAUUAAUUGUUUUAUUCUGUGUUACAGCAUUCAACCCAAAUAAUCGAAAUUGAAAACAGUGAUAUUUUUUCAAAUAGUCGAACCGAAACCAAACCUACCUCAAAAAGCACAAAUCGCUCAGCACUACAUCUGGGACGUCCCCACAGACUGUCUUCUGUUCUUCCACCAUUGUCUUUGGUCUGUCAUUUCCACAUUAUAUUUCAUCAUUAAGGGAUUCCAUUACCUUCUAGUAUCCACCCUGUCUGCAGUUAGACCUUGAUGUAUCAUUUGAGAUGACCUUUGUGAUUGUUCUAUCUAUAACCUUUACAUGAGCGAUAGAGCUCAAUUUCAGAUGGCUUGACUAGGACUCGACUUGACUCGCAGUGGAAAUCAAUAAGCAUUCAAGUUGCUGAUGUUUUUGAGCCCUUAACUUCACGGAAGUAAAUCCCAUUUAAUGCGUAGAUCUAUGAGCUUCAUUCUAAUGUCUUUGGUGACUUCCCUCAGACUUGCUCCAAAUGGAGAAGUAUUGUUUUGUGCUUUUUUAUUGUAGUGUUUCAGUGUGUGCCUCUGCAGGUGAGGUGGACAGGUGACUAGCUGGCGAGCUGGACAGAUGCUUGGCUGUCCUACAGUGGAGUUUGAUAUGCAGAGUAAGGUAGAGGAAACUCCUAUGAAUGUCUGGAGGCGCUCAGAAACCCAUUAAAGAUGGAAUCCGCAUGUAGGGGAAACUGCGGCACUGUCCGUCCUACGGCUAUUGUUAUUGAUUUGUUGCCGAAGCAGAGCUGGGGAGCGUCGCACAUUGUGAAUUUUUUUUGGGGGGCAGUACAUAUGCUGCUGUUCUAUCGUGUGUGUGCAAUGAUGUUGGCGGUAACUUCUUUGUUGUAAUAUCGCAAAUGCACAUGGCAGUUUCACCAUUAAGGAUUCCAGUUUUAAAGCCAUCAUCUGCAGUUGGGUGACAUUUUAAUAAUGCUGCCCAAGAUGGCCUUUGAUGUUCUAGAGAACCUCCACAUGUCUGUAACCAUGGAGAUAGAACAGGGACAUGAUGGCACAAACAAAUCUGGGCCCAGGUUCACAGAACACUUCUUACGCAAAAACGUAAUAAGCUUAACAUUGUUUACAAAAAGAAGUUCAUAAGAUAGUUUGUAAGUGCAUUUCCUCAACAUCUUAAGAUUUAAUGAUUUGAAUUCUUAUGAAUCUUCUUCAAUUGUUUGUUGCUAAUCACCCGAUUUUUAGCUAGCAAUGGCAAUCAUGUUAGCAUAUUUCGUACUGAAAUUACUGUUCUAAAACAUGUUCUUGGGUUUAAAAUAAUAAAUACUGAAACUUUCAGAUGAAGUUUGUGAAUUAAACAUGUUCAAUUGCUUUCAUGAGCUUCUUCUCUCACUGCCCUGAGUUUAAGACAAGGGUUUAUCUAUCUUGGAAUUAAGAACAUUUCCAAUAACUUUAUCUUCAAGAAUCUAAAUUUCUACUUAACUUUUUGCUUAAGGAGAAACAUUAUAAAUAAAUAGCUCGAAUUUCCAAGAACCUUUUUGAGGAAUAGCAAUUUUGUUUAACUUUCUUCUUAAGUCUAUAGUUAAGGAAAAAAUUGGCAGUUAAGAAGACAUUUCUUCUUAAGGAGGUUUUGUGAAUCUGGGCCCAGGUUUGGACCGUGAGGAACUGAGUGAUUGAGUUCUAUAGAGUUAUUUUUAGACCUCUUGACAACUUUUCAUGACUUGACCAUUCACUUUCUAUGACUCGUAAUGAAAAUCGCUAAGCAAUUGAGUGUCCAAUGUCUGCUCUCAAAGCCUCAAGCAUUUUGUUGCAACUCCCAAUUAUAAAUCCCAAUAAUGCAAAGAUCUGAAUUUAAACUUCUUUGGAGAGAGAUCCCCGCAAGUUACCACUACUGUUCCAAUUCGAGAUGGCCUCCUAACCUACUCUGCCCUGUGCUAUCUCUGCGUGAUGAUUUUUUAUUGAUGUUGUAGUGUGGGCUCCUGUCAGAUGAAGUACUCCUGAGUGGCGCAGUGGUCUAAGGCACUGCAUCGCAGUGCUAACUGUGCCACUAGAGAUCCUGGUUCGAAUCCAGGCUCUGUCGCAGCCGGCCGCGACCGGGAGACUCAUGGGCGGCGCACAAUUGGCCCAGCGUCGUCCAGGGUAGGGGAGGGAAUGGCCGGCAGGGAUGUAGCUCAGUUGAUAGAGCAUGGCGUUUGCAAUGCCAGGGUUGUGGGUUUGAUUCCCACGGGGGGCAAGUAUAAAAAAAAAUAUGUAUUCACUAACUGUAAGUCGCUCUGGAUAAGAGCGUCUGCUAAAUGACUAAAAUGUAAAUGUAAAGUUUGUGCCAUAUUUAUUAAAUAUAUUGGAAAUCUUACUCACCAGUGCUCUCAUCAGAGCUCUCGUGGACAGGUGGUGGGCUGACCUUGCAGUGGAGAUACUUUAAUUUAUGUAAAGUGAAGUAGGGAAACUCAGUGGAAGUGCUCACAAAUGCAUGAAAGCCAUCAUCUGCAGUUGGGUGAAAUUUUAAUGCGAGUUUAAACGCUGCCCAAGCCUGGCCAAUAGAUGAGGUGUGUUUGUGCCCAAGCCUGCCCAAAAGAUAAUUACGUCCACCACCUGCCUCAAUCAAGGGAUGGAGAGCAACACACUCACACAUGCAGUAGUGUGUGUGUGGCAUCAUGCUGCAUGGCCUGGCCCUAUACUCUGAUUUGGUCUGACUAAGAAAAAUUAUCUCAUCUACCCAUCCUGUCUCAGGGAAGUGUGUGUCCAGGCCUAUAGUUAAUUAAAGGGUUUCUUCACAGACUUCAUUAGAGGUGAAGAGAGGAGCCUGGCAGAUUAAUGCACUGUCACUUAACUGAGACAGGACUGGGAGAUGAGAGACACACACACACUGAGUGAGUUAGUUUGUUAUUCAGCAGGAGCCACUGACUGAAAGGAAAAGGCAGUUUAGCCUUGAACCCAAGGUGGGAAGUCUGCUCUGCUUUUAAUGUCUGGUGCCAUUUCAUCGAAGUCAAUAGUCAUAACACUGGCAAUGUUUUUCAGCCUCCUAGUAUAGAAUAUAUAGACACACACACACGGCUGUCGACUCCCCCUCUCAGGACAGUUUCCUGACGUUAGCCCAGCUCCCGUACUGUGGGCAGUGAAGCAGACCGUACAGAGCAGACCGUUCACAGAUGGAAAUGUAGAAUUGCACCUCUGUACUAAAGCUUUAAAAAUGUAUUCCACCGAUCAAAUCCAUUUAUUCUGCCUCUUAUCACCCUCUUCUGACGUGCAGAAACCUGAAAUGCCAUUAAAUACAUAUUUAGCAGGGAUUUCUGGACAAACGGCAUGGAUUUUCCCACCUGAACAUUCAUUGAUUUGAGGCUGACUUUUGAGUUUCUGAUGUGACCAAAGGCUAACGUGGGGGUGUGACUUCCUGUAAUGUGAAUGUCAGCACUAUAGGGCAGCAUUCAUCACACACACACACACACACACACACUAUAGGGUAGCAUUAAUCACAGACUUGUGUGUGUGUGGAAUAUGGACGUUAAAAACCCUUCUAUUAGUCAGUGUUUGACAUGGAGGUUUCUGUGUGUGAAUAAAUACAAUUCUUCAGAAGGGAAAAUAUCUAUGAUAAUAAUGCCAUGAAAUUGUGUUUUAGAAUGUUUCAUAUUCACCCGAUCCUUCAACCUUUCCUCAGGAAGAUGGUGCAUUGAAAGAUAAUUUGCCACAGAGGUGCAGAGAAAACACAUCACUUGUUGUAUAAAGAUGAAUAGGAGGGCAACAUGCAGUGCCUUCAGAAAGUAUUCCUGCCCCUUGACUUAUUCCACAUUGUUGUUACAGCCUGAAUUCAAAAUAGAUUAAAACUUUUCUUCUCACCCAUCUACACACUACCCCAUAAUGACAGUGAACAUUAUGUGUUUUGUACAGAAAUAUGUAAUUUACGUAAGUAUUCACACCCCUGAGUCAAUACAUGAUGUAAUCACCUUUGGCAGCGACUACAGCUGUGAGUCUUUCUGGGUAAGUCUCUAAGAGCUUUGCACACCUGGUUUGUACAAUAUUUGCCCAUUUAUUCUUUUUAAAAUUCUUCAAGCUCUGUGAAGUUGGUUGUUGGUCAUUGCUAGGCAGCCAUUUUCAAGUCUUGCCUUAGAUUUUCAAGCCGAUUUAAGUCAAAACUAACUUGGCCACUCAGGAACAUUCAACGUCGUCUUGGUAAGCAACUCCAGUGUAUAUUUUGCCUUGUGUUUUAGGUUAUUGUCCCGCUGAAAGGUGAAUUAGUCUCCCAGUGUCUGGUGGAAAGCAGACUGAACUAAGUUUUCCUCUAGGAUUUUGCCUGUGAUUAGCGCUCUUCCGGUUCUUUUUAUAAAAAUAAAACUCCCUAGUGCUUCCUGAUGACCGGCAUACCCAUAACAUGAUGCAGCCACCAUCAUGCUUGAAAAUAUGAAGUGGUACUCAGUGAUGUGUUGUGUUGGAUUUGCCCCAAACAUAACGCUUUGUAUUCAGGACAGAAAGUAAAUUUCUUUGCCACAUUCUUGGCAGUUUAGUGCCUUAUUACAAACAGGAUGCAUGUUUAUGGAAUAUUUUUAUUCUGUACAGUCUUCCUUUUCACUGUGUCAUUUAAGCUAGUAUUGUGGAGUAACUAAAUGUUGUUGAUCCAUCCUCAGUUUUCUUCUAUCACAGCCAUUAAACUCUGUAACUGUUUUAAGUCACCAUUGGCCUCAUGGUGAAAUCGCUGAGCGGUUUCCUUCCUCUCCGGCAACUGAGUUAGGAGGGACGCCUGUAUCGUUGUAGUGACUGGGUGUAUUGAUAGACCAUCAAAAGUAUAAUUAAUAUACUGUCUUUUUGUUUGUUUUUACCCAUCUAUCAAUAGGUGCCCUUUACGAGGCAUUGGAAAACCUCCAUGGUCUUUGUGGUUGAGAAAUUAACUGCUCAACUGAGGGACCUUAAAAUGAUCUGUGUGUGUGUGGGGUACAGAGAUGAGGUAGUCAUUAAAAAAUCAUGUUAAACACUUAUUGCACACAGUGAGUCCAUGCAACUUAUGUGACUUAAGCACAUUUUUACUCAUUAACUUAUUUAGGCUUGCCAUAACAAUAGGGUUGAAUACUUAUUGACUCAAGACAUUUCAGCUUUUCAUUUUUAAUUAAUUAGUAAACAUUUCUAAAAUCAUAAUUCCGUUUUGACAUUAUGGGGUAUUUAUGUGUAGGCCAGUGACACAAUCUCAAUGUAAUUAAUUUUAAAUUCAGGCUGUAACACAACAAAAUGUGGACAACAUUAAAGGGUGUGAAUACUUUCUGAAGGCACCGAAUACCUUUUAUACAGUGCCUUUGGAAAGUAUUCAGACCCCUUGACUUUUUCCACAUUUUGCUAGGUUACGGCCUUAUUCUAAAAUUGAUAAAAUAGUUUUUUCCCUCAUCAAUCUACACAAUGCCCCAUAAUGACAAACCAAAAACAGGUUUUUAGAAAUUUUUGCUAAUUUAUUAAAAAUAAAAAACGAUCACAUUUUACAUAAGUAUUCAGACCCUUUACUCAGUACUUUGUUGAAGCACCUUUGACAGCGAUUACAGCCUCAAGUCUUCUUGGGUAUGACUCUACAAGCUUGGCACACCUGUAUUUGGGGAGUUUCUCCCAUUAUUCUCUGCAGAUCCUUUCAAGCUCUGUCAGGUUGGAUGGGAGCGAUGCUGCACAGCUAUUUUCAGGUCUCUUCAGAGAUAUUCGAUCGGGUUCAAGUGCCUGGGCUCAGGCUAGGCCUCUCAAGGACAUUCAGAGACUUGUCCUGAAGCCACUCCUGCGUUGUCUUGGCUGUGUGCUUAGGGUUGUUGUCCUGUUGGAAGGUGAGCCUUCACCCCAGUCUGCGGUCCUGUGCGCUCUGGAGCAGGUUUUCAUCAAGGAUCUCUCUGUACUUUGCUCCGUUCAUCUUUGCCUCGAUGCUGACUAGUCUCCCUGCCACUGAAAAACAUCCCCACAGCAUGAUGCUGCAACCACCAUGCUUCACCGUAGGGAUGGUGCCAGGUUUCCUCCAGACGUGACGCUUGGCAUUUAUUAGGUUUAUUUUAUUUUACGAAGUCCUUUUUACAUCGGCAAAGUCACAAAGUGCUUUACAGAAACCCUUCCUAAAAUCACGAAAGAGCAAGCAAUGCAGGUGUAGAAGCACCGUGGCUACUAAAAAUCUUCUGGCUGUACCAGUAGGACCUGCCUGGUUGAUUUUAGAUGUCAAUAAAGCAGAGCAAUGCCUUUUCUUAGCUACAUUAGUGGAUCUCAACAUUUUACACACAAGGUACCCCCUGUGGAUAGGCCAGGUACCCUCAGGGGUCCUAGUACCCCAGGUUGACAACCACUGACCUACAGUAUGCUGUGUCUGCAUGAAGGUCAAGUAGAUCUGACUAUUGUCUUAAGUUUGUCUCUGGUCUGUGUAAAGUUGAGUAUUCCCUCAGUCUCUCUCUCUCUCACACACACACACACACACACACACACACACACACACACACACACACACACACACACACACACACACACACACAGAGUUUGAGUGUUUCAACCGUAGGCACCAUAGUUGAAAUCUUAAACCAAUGGUGCAUAGUUAUUUUGUGUGUGGUGCGAUGCUGGUGGAGUGAUCCGCUUGGUAAAACACUGUGUACGUCGCCAUGGUAAUCUGAGUUGUUUAUAGUCCCUCUAACCUUUAGCCAGUCUACCACUGGGACACAUGGUUUGUGCUUCCCAAAUGGUACCCUAUUCCCUUCGUAGUGCACUACUUUUGAUCUGGUCAAAAGUAUUGCGCUGUAUAGUGAAUAGGGUGCCAUCUCUGACUGACAUGUUUGGAGCUUUGCUGUUAUUCUUUCUAACUUUGGAGUGGGGAAGAGCCAGAACUCCUAAAUAAUUCACUUUUCUGCUGUUUUGCUAUUAAACGUCUGACUGUCAGCGGUUUCGUUGGUUGUUAUUCGUUGGGGCGGCAGGUAGCAUUGUGGUUAAGAGCGUUGUGCCAGUAACCGAAAGGUCGCUGGUUGUAAUCCCCGAGCCGACUAGGUGAAAAAUCUGUCGGUGCCCUUGAGCAAGGCACUUAACCCUAAUUGCUCCUGUAAGUCGCUCUGGAUAAGAGCGUCUGCUAAAUGACUAAAAUGUAAAUGUAAAAUGUUAUUGUUGCCCAGACCUAGGAGCUCUAUGGUGAUUUUCUGUGCUCUGUUUGGUCCCUGUUGUGUUGGAGGAGAUGGUAGCACUAAGGAAGGAGGAGAUAGGAGUGGUGCUGGACUCAGAACUACCUAACCUGUUUCGUGACUGUGUCUGGCUGUUUACUGUGUCUGGCUGUUUACUGUGUCUGGCUGUGACUGUCUGUUAUAUAGAUGUACAGUACCAGUCAACGGUUUGGACACACCUACUCAUUCAAGGGUUCUUUCUUUAUUUUUACUAUUUUCUACAUUAUAUAAUAAUAGUGAAGACAUCAAAACUAUGAAAUAACACAUAUGGAAUCAUGUAGUAACCCAAAAAAGUGUUAAAUAAAUCAAAAUAUAUCUUAUAUUUGAGAUUCUUCAAAGUAGCCAGCCUUUGCCUUGAUGACAGCACACUUGGCAUUCUCUCAACCAGCAUCAUGAGGUAGUCACCUGGAAUGAAUUUCAAUGAACAGGUGUGCCCUACCUGGCAGGGUUGGUCCUACAAAGCCAGAGCCCCCUGAUGGGAGAGCAUAAUAUACAAGGAAAUUCUCAAAGCUGCUAAUGAGAACCUUGACGACCUUUUACCUAGCCGGUGGGGUACGCCCACCCAGGUAGUGGCAGUGCUGGAAACACUGGCUGCAGUAACCCAUGGGGAGGGGGUCACACUCGGACAAUCAGAGAGGGGGUUUUUCAUUGUGGCACAAAAUAAUCAAAGGUCUGACCGCACGGAGAUGCUUGGGAAAAUGGUUACAACAGGGGAUCAGAGUGUUUGUGUCUCAGGUGAAGAGGGUGGAUCUGAUCUCCAUCACCUAGGACUUGACAUAGAUUAAGUAGAUUAAUCAAAUCUCACAUUGUUGUCAAUUUCUGCUCAAUCUGCAUGCUUUCUCAAUCAGCUUUAACUGUAUGUGCACUCGUAAAUCAGGUUCUUUCUUGAGUUGGGCUCUGGGAUAUAACAGCCGUUGAGUAUCUGAUUUUAUGGUGGAUUGUGGAGGAGGGGGGUUGAGUGUGUUGGAGUAUGUGAGUGUGCGUGUGUGUUUGUCCGGCAUCUGUUGUGGGGGGGUGGGGUUAUGGGAUGGACCACAGGAAUUAUUUGCUAGGAUAAUAAUUGCUUGUCAAUAUAUUAAAUGUAAUACAAUGGCAAUCCGGGUUAUAUGUUAAAAUCCUACGCAUGAACUGCCGACAUUAUUACGCAUAUUAAUUGAUAAUGAUGGAAAAUAGGAUAUGCAUAAUUUUUUUUAAAAUAGUUAUAUAUAUAUAUAUAUAUAUAUAUAUAUGAGAGCGAGAGAGGUGACAGCAUUGGAAAUGCUUUUGGCGGUUAAUCUGCUUCUGUUUUGUGGGUGGCACAAGACAAUAUUAUUAUGGUGGGGGAUUAUAAUACUGUUUUAAAUAGCUCAAUGGACCGUAAAGGAAAUCACACCACAAACAAUCACCCACAUGCUCUUAAGGAAAUUGUGAAUGUCAUGGAUACAUUAGAACUAGUAGAUAUAUGGAGGCUUAAAUAUACUGAUCUAGUGAGGUAUACAUGGCGGAGACUGAAUCAAGCUAGUCGUCUUGACUUCUUUCUUAUCUCAUUCUCGUUGGCACCAAAAGUAUUAAAGUGUUGAUAGGGGACAGAAUGCGGUCAGACCAUCAUAUAAUUGGCAUAUACAUUACUCUUACUGAAUUUCCACGUGGGCGAGGAUAUUGGAAAUUUUAUCAAAGCCUAUUGGAUGAUAAUUUAUUUAUAAUUAGAACAAAGGAAUUUAUAACUUACUUUUUCCGACAUAACAUAGCAAAUCCCCUUAUUGUAUGGGACACCUUUAAAUGUGCCUUUAGAGGCCAUGCAAUUAAGUACUCAUCUCGAAAACAAAAGCAAUUUAGGUCAAAAGAGUUUAUACUAACAAAGGAAAUAGAAAGUCUAACAGAACAGAUAGAUGGCAAUAAAAACUGUAACAUAGAGGCUCAGAAUAAAUUAGAGGAAAAACAAAAAGAAAUGGAGAAACUUAUUCAAGAAAGAUCAAGUGUAAUAUAUUAUAAAAAUAAAGCAAACUGGAUGGAAUAUGGGGAAAAAUGCACAAAAUUAUUUUUUAAUCUUCAACAUAGGAAUGCUACCAAAAAUAACUUAAUGAAACUGGUUACAAUUGACGGAGUCACCCAUGAUUCACCAAAUGAUAUUUUGAAGGAGGAAACAAAGUACUUUAAGCAUAUGUUUUCUUUUCAGUCGCCUCCAUCUCCUCUAACUGAAACUAAUUGUAGAGAUUUUUUUCUAUUGAUAAUGUCAAAUUAACAGCCAUACAGAAAGACUCAUGUGAAGGUGAAAUUACAGAGGAGGAACUUCUGGAUGCAAUUAGUCUGGGAAAACUCCAGGGUUGGAUGGCAUACCAGUCGAGGUAUACCAAACCUUUUUUGAUAUACUAAGAGGACCGUUAUUAGCAUGUUUUAACCACUCCUAUGUAAAUGGUAGAUUAUCUGACACUCAAGAAGAAGAUCUCAUUAUUACUGAAACAGGAUACAAGUGGAAAAUUAUAAAGAUCCAGUCCAUUUAAAAAAUUGGAGGCCCCUUACACUUCAGUGUUGUGAUGCAAAAAUUCUAGCAAAAUGUAUAGCGCAUAGAAUUAAAAAGGUAUUGUCGGAUAUUAUUCAUUCUAAUCAGACAGGUUUUUUACAUGGAAGAUACAUUGGAGAUAAUAUAAGGCAAGUAUUGGAAACAAUAGAACACUAUGGAAAAUAUGGGAAACCAGGCCUGCUAUUCAUAGCAGACUUCAAAAAGGCAUUUGAUAAAGUAUGACUCGGGUUUAUAUAUAAAUGCCUGGAGCAUUUCAAUUUUGGAGAAUCUCUUAUAAAAUGGGUCAAAAUCAUGUAUAGUAACCCUAGGUGUAAAAUAGUAAAUAAUGGCUAUUUCUCAGAAAGUUUUAAACUGUCAAGAGGAGUGAAACAAGGUUGUCCACUAUUAGCUAUUAAAAUCAGAUCCAAUAAUAAUAUCAGAGGAUUAGAAAUCCAGGGCUUAAAAACAAAGGUGUCAUUGUAUGCUGAUGAUUCAUGUUUUCUUUUAAAUCCACAACUAGAAUCCCUCCACAGCCUCAGAGGAUCUAGAUACAUUUUCUAACCUCUCUGGAUUACAACCAAAUUAUGACAAAUGUACUAUAUUACGUAUUGGAUCACAAAAAAAUACAAUUUUUACAUUACCAUGUAGUUUACCAAUACAAUGUUCUGAUGGUGAUGUGGAUAUACUCGAUCUCACUUCAAUAAAUUUUAAAAGAAAGUUAGCAAAAAUAGAUAAUAUCUUACUACCAUGGAAAGGUAAAUACCUGUCAAUUUGUGGAAAAAUCACCCUGAUUUAACUCUUUAGUAUUAUCCCAGUUGACCUAUUUGCUUAUGGUCUUGCCUACGCCUAGCGAACAGUUUUUUAAAUUAUAUGAGAAAAAAAGAUUCAAUUUUAUUUGGAAUGGCAAGCCAGACAAAAUUAAAAGGGCCUAUUUAUAUAAUGAAUAUGAAUUCAGAGGACAGAAAUUAUUAAAUAUUAAAAAGUUAGACCUAUCACUAAAAGCUUCAGUCAUACAAAAGUUAUACUUAAAUCCGAACUGGUUCUCAAGCAAAUUAGUAAGAUUGUCUCACCCAAUGUUCAAGAAAGGCCUUUUUCCCUUUAUUCAGAUUACAACAACUCAUUUUCAGUUAUUUGAAAUGGAAAUCAUCUCCCAAAUAUCACUAUUUCUAAUUUAAUCCUCCAGAAACGACAGAACAAAUAAUGCAACAAAUAUUGUGGUUAAAUUCAAAUAUACUAAUUGACAAAAAACCUUUAUUUUUUGACAGAAUGUUUAAAAAAGGUAUAAUCUUCGUAAAUGAUAUCAUCGGUAGGCAUUCUAGGUGAAGCUGGUAGAGGGAAUGCCAACAGUGUGCAAAGCUGUCAUCAAGGCAAACGGUGUCUAUUUGAAGAAUCUCAAAUAUAAAAUAUUUCGAUUUGUUCAACACUUUUUUGUUUACUACAUGAUUCCAUAUGUGUUAUUUCAUAAUUUUGAUGUCUUCACUAUUAUUCUACAAUGUAAAAAUAAAGAAAAAAGCCUCCCCUUUUUCCUCCAAACAUAACGAUGGUCAUUAUGGCCAAACAGUUGUAUUUUUGUUUCAUCAGACCAGAGGACAUUUCUCCAAAAAGUACAAUCUUUGUCCACAUGUGCAGUUACAAACCAUAGUCUGGCUUUUUUAUGGUGGUUUUGGAGCAGUGGCUUCUUCCUUGCUUAGCGGCCUUUCAGGUUAUGUCGAUAUAGGACUCGUUUUACUGUGGAUAUAGAUACUUUUGUACCUGUUUCCUCCAGCAUCUUCACAAGGUCCUUUGUUGUUGUUCAGGUAUUGAUUUGCACUUUUCGCACCAAAGUACAUUCAUCUCUAGGAGACAGAAUGUGUCUCCUUCCUGAGCGAUAUGACGGCUGCGUGGUCCCAUGGUGUUUAUACUUGCAUACUAUUGUUUGUACAGAUGAACGUGGUACCUUCAGACAUUUGGAAAUUGCUCCCAAGGAUGAACCAGACUUGUGGUCUACAAUUUUUUUUCUGAGGUCUUGGCUGAUUUUCUUUUGAUUUCCCCAUGAUGUCAAGCAAAGAGGCACUGAGUUUCAUCCACAGGUACACCUCCAAUUGACUCAAAUGAUGUCAAUUAGCCUAUCAGAAGCUUCUAAAGCCAUGACAUCAUUUUCUGGAAUUUUCCAAGCUGUUUAAAGGCACAGUCAACUUAGUGUAUGUAAACUUCUGACCCACUGGAAUUGUGAUACAGUGAAUUAUACAGUGAGGGGAAAAAAGUAUUUGAUCCUCUGCUGAUUUUGUACGUUUGCCCACUGACAAAGACAUGAUCAGUCUAUAAUUUUGAUGGUAGGUUUAUUUGAACAGUGAGAGACAGAAUAACAACAAAAAAAUCCAGAAAAAUGGUCAGAGGUCAGACGUUUCUUGUAGAUGGCCAAAAGGUUUGCACACAUCUCAGGAGGGAUUUUGUUCCACUCCUCUUUGCAGAUCUUCUCCAAGUCAUUAAGGUUUCGAGGCUGACGUUUGGCAACUCGAACCUUCAGCUCCCUCCACAGAUUUUCUAUGGGAUUAAGGUCUGGAGACUGGCUAGGCCACUCCAGGACCUUGAUGUGCUUCUUCUUGACCCACUCCUUUGUUGCCUUGGCCGUGUUUUGGGACAUUGUCAUGCUGGAAUACCCAUCCACGACCCAUUUUCAAUGCCCUGGCUGAGGGAAGGAGGUUCCCACCCAAGAUUUGACGGUACAUGGCCCCGUCCAUCGUCCCUUUGAUGCAGUGAAGUUGUCCUGUCCCCUUAGCAGAAAAACACAUUUACAUUUACAUUUUAGUCAUUUAGCAGACGCUCUUAUCCAGAGCGACUUACAGGAGCAACCCAAAGCAUGUUUCCAACUCCAUGUUUGACGGUGGGGAUGGUGUUCUUGGGGUCAUAGGCAGCAUUCGUCCUCCUCCAAAUACGGCGAGUUGAGUUGAUGCCAAAGAGCUCGAUUUUGGUCUCAUCUGACCACAACACUUUCACCCAGUUCUCCUCUGGAUCAUUCAGAUGUUCAUUGGCAAACUUCAGACGGCCCUGUAUAUGUGCUCUCUUGAGCAGGGGGACCUUGCGGGCACUGCAGGAUUUCAGUCCUUCACGGCGUAGUGUGUUACCAAUUGUUUUCUUGGUUACUAUGGUCCCAGCUGCCUUAUUAUUAUUAUUAUUAUUAUUAUUAUUAUUAUUAUUGUUAUUAUUAUAAUAAUAAUAAUAUGCCAUUUAGCAGACGCUUUUAUCCAAAGCGACUUAGUCAUGCGUGCAUAUUUUUAUUUAUUUUUGUGUAUGGGUGGUCCCGGGGAUCGAACCCACUACCUUGGCGUUACAAGCGCCGUGCUCUACCAGCUGAGCUACAGAGGACCACAAAAUAACUUUCAUUACUCCCGUGUAGUUCUGGGCUGAUUCCACACCAUUCUCAUGAUCAUUGCAACUCCACGAGGUGAGAUCUUGCAUGGAGCCCCAGGCCGAGGGAGAAUGAAAGUUAUUUUGUGUUUCUUCCAUUUGCGAAUAAUCGCACCAACUGUUGUCACCUUCUCACCAAGCUGCUUGGCGAUGGUCUUGUAGCCCAUUCCAGCCUUGUGUAGGUCUACAAUCUUGUCCCUGACAUCCUUGGAGAGCUCUUUGGUCUUGGCCUUGGUGGAGAGUUUGGAAUCUGAUUGAUUGAUUGCUUCUGUGGACAGGUGUCUUUUUAUACAGGUAACAAGCUGAGAUUAGGAGCACUCCCUCUAAGAGUGUGCUCCUAAUCUCAGCUCGUUACCUGUAUAAAAGACACCUGGGAGCCAGAAGUCUUUCUGAUUGAGAGGAGGUCAAAUACUUAUUUCCCUCAUUAAAAUGCAAAUCAAUUACAUUUUUGACAUGCUUUUUGUUGUUAUUCUGUCUCUCACUGUUCAAAUAAACCUACCAUUAAAAUUAUAGACUGAUCAUGUCUUUGUCAGUGGGCAAACGUACAAAAUCAGCAGGGGAUCAAAUACUUUUUUCCCUCACUGUAAGUGAAAUAAUCUGUGUAAACAAUUGUUGGAAAAAUGACUUGUGUCAUGCACAAAGUAGAUGUCCUAACCGACUUGCUAAAACUAUAGUUUGUUAACAAGAAAUUUGUGGAGUGGUUGAAAAACGAGUUUUAAUGACUCCAACCUAAGUGUAUGUAAACUUCCAACUUCAACUGUAUGUACGUACAGUGGGGGAAAAAAAGUAUUUAGUCAGCCUCCAAUUGUGCAAGUUCUCCCACUUAAAAAGAUGAGAGAGGCCUGUAAUUUUCAUCAUAGGUACACGUCAACUAUGACAGACAAAUUGAGAGAAAAAAAAUCCAGAAAAUCACAUUGUAGGAUUUUUUAUGAAUUUAUUUGCAAAUUAUGGUGGAAAAUAAGUAUUUGGUCACCUACAAACAAGCAAGAUUUCUGGCUCUCACAGACCUGUAACUUCUUCUUUAAGAGGCUCCUCUGUCCUCCACUCGUUACCUGUAUUAAUGCCACCUGUUUGAACUUGUUAUCAGUAUAAAAGACACCUGUCCACAACCUCAAACAGUCACACUCCAAACUCCACUAUGGCCAAGACCAAAGAGCUGUCAAAGGACACCAGAAACAAAAUUGUAGACCUGCACCAGGCUGGGAAGACUGAAUCUGCAGUAGGUAAGCAGCUUGGUUUGAAGAAAUCAACUGUGGGAGCAAUUAUUAGGAAAUGGAAGACAUACAAGACCACUGAUAAUCUCCCUCGAUCUGGGGCUCCACGCAAGAUCUCACCCCGUGGGGUCAAAAUGAUCACAAGAACGGUGAGCAAAAAUCCCAGAACCACACGGGGGGACCUAGUGAAUGACCUGCAGAGAGCUGGGACCAAAGUAACAAAGCCUACCAUCAGUAACACACUACGCCGCCAGGGACUCAAAUCCUGCAGUGCCAGACGUGUCCCCCUGCUUAAGCCAGUACAUGUCCAGGCCCGUCUGAAGUUUGCUAGAGUGCAUUUGGAUGAUCCAGAAGAGGAUUGGGAGAAUAUCAUAUGGUCAGAUGAAACCAAAAUAUAAAUUUUUGGUAAAAACGCAACUCGUCGUGUUUGGAGGACAAAGAAUGCUGAGUUGCAUCCAAAGAACACCAUACCUACUGUGAAGCAUGGGGGUGGAAACAUCAUGCUUUGGGGCAGUUUUUCUGCAAAGGGACCAGGACGACUGAUCCGUGUAAAGGAAAGAAUGAAUGGGGCCAUGUAUCGUGAGAUUUUGAGUGAAAACCUCCUUCCAUCAGCAAGGGUAUUGAAGAUGAAACAUGGCUGGGUCUUUCAGCAUGACAAUGAUCCCAAACACACCGCCCGGGCAACGAAGGAGUGGCUUCGUAAGAAGCAUUUCAAGGUCCUGGAGUAGCCUAGCUAGUCUCCAGAUCUCAACCCCAUAGAAAAUCUUUGGAGGGAGUUGAAAGUCUGUUGCCCAGCGACAGCCCCAAAACAUCACUGCUCUAGAGGAGAUCUGCAUGGAGGAAUGGGCCAAAAUACCAGCAACAGUGUGUGAAAACUUUGUGAAGACUUACAGAAAACGUUUGACCUGUGUCAUUGCCAACAAAGGGUAUAUAACAAAGUAUUGAGAAACUUUUGUUAUUGACCAAAUACUUAUUUUCCACCAUAAUUUGCAAAUAAAUUCAUUAAAAAUCCUACAAUGUGAUUUUCUGGAUUGUUUUUUCUCAUUUUGUCUGUCAUAGUUGACGUGUACCUAUGAUGAAAAUUACAGGCCUCAUCUUUUUAAGUGGGAGAACAUGCACAAUUGGUGGCUGUCUAAAUACUUUUUUCCCCCACUGUAUGUAUGCAUGUAUGUGUAUAUGAGAAGACCGUGUUGGACUCUGUUACCUCACCUGGCUGUUACCUCACCUGGCUGUUACUUCACCUGUCUGUUACUCACCUGUCUGUUAAUCCCCUGCUAUAUAGGAGACGGUAGCUCUGAGUAAGAAGGUUAUAGGCGUAGUGCUGGGUUAACCUGUUGUUAUCAUAAUAGUAGUACUACCCUAUUCUGUGUCUGGUACUGUGUAGGAAGAGACUGUAGCUCUGAGGAAGGAGGGUAUUGGCGUGGUCUUGGACUCCAAACUACCUCACCUAAUCGGCAUCAAUGAGGAUCUUCUCAGCACUGGCAUCAUUCUCUAUCAUUUAAAAGUGAGUAAGACACACAUGUAUAUACACUGACUGUACAAAACAUUAGGAUCCCCUUUUGCCCUCAGAACAGCCUCAAUUCGUCAGGGCAUGGACUCUACAAGGUGUCGAAAGCGUUCCACAUGGAUGCUGGCCCAUGUUGACGCCAAUUCUUCCCACAGUUGUCAUUGGCUGGAUGUGCUUUGGGUGGUGGUCCAUUCUUGAAACACAUGGGAAACUGUUGAGUGUGAAAAACCCAGCAGCGUUGACACAAACCGGUGCGCCUGGUAUCUACUACCAUACCCUGUUCAAAGGCACUUCAAUCUUUUGUCUUGCCCAUUCACCCUCUGAAUGGCACACAUACACAAUCCAUGUCUCAAGGCUUAAAAAUCCUUUAACCUGUCUCCCCCCAUUCAUCUACACUGAUUUGAAGAGGACUUAACAAGUGACAUCAAUAAGGGAUCAUGGCAUUCACCUGGUCAGUCUGUCAUGGAAAGAGCAGGUGUUCCUAAUGUUUUGUAUACUCGGUGUACGUUCUCAAUGGGUCUGUGGUACUAGCCAAUAAUGUAGCUUGUUUUAAAACUACUGCUAAAUGUGGGAAAUCCAUAUGAGUUUAUCCACUACUGGUCUCUUAGUCUACAUCCCAAAUGUCACCUUAUUCCCUUUAUAGUGUACUACUUUUGACCAGGGCCCAUAGUAGUGCACUAUAUAGGGAAUAGGGUGCCAUUUGGGAUGCAGCCUUAGAUUGGAUUCUCCCAUGAGGAAAUCAGCUUACGAUCAGGCAGACCUAAUGACAUUGGCCUUGUGAUCUGAUUGCAGGAGGGCAGGACGCUGGUGGGUCGAGACAAGGCGUCAUUCAAUCAGGAUAUUGGUGAGUCAGUAGGAAGACAGUGUAUAUAUAUGCAGUGGGCUGUUGCUUGGGGUUCAUGUGAGUUUAGUGUUAUUCCAGAGUAUUAGGCACUCAUUUCCCUGUGUUUUAGACUGCUCAUUAUAUGAUCAAGAUAAGUGAUUCUGCGCCUCACCUCAACUGACCCCCUUAAACUCACGCUUUCCCUCCCUUUCUUCCCUGCAGUGCUCCAUGGUGCUGGUCUGCAGGAGGAACACUGUUUUUGAAUUCUGACCUCUAACCCUAACCCUGUCUCCCACCAUGCAGUGCUCCAUGGUGCUGGUCUGCUGGAGGAACACUGUGUGUUUGAGAACUGUGACGGAGUUGUUACUCUGAUCCCCCAGAUGGGGGCGCUGUGCUCUGUCAACAGACUGGAGAUGACCAAGCCUUGUCAGCUGACACAGGGUAAUGAUCCAUGUGUGUCAUCUCACAUCUCCCGGUCGUGUGUGUGUGUGUGUGUGUGGAAACUGCAGGAUAAUGAGUGUACGAAACCCUCUCUCAAACCCUUUCUCUGACACUGGGAGUUGGAGACUGGUAAUUUACGUCCUCUAACCGGGGCGCAGGGACAGUUGUACCUAUAAUCUAAACCGGCACCUCUUUUUCAAUGAGCCUGUGUGGACUUGGAAGACAUGCUAAACCUAUAGUGGCUGCUCCAACCUUGGAGACCUCAUCUUUCCCCUUUUUACUUUGGGACUAGACAACAUGACCUGUCUGACUCUUAACUUUCAGGCAACUUGACAAAUAAACUGGAAAAGUUUUACUCAUUUUGUCACUCCUUUGCUGCGGUAAAGUGAAUACAUUGCCUUGAAGUACACAAUCUCUCUGACAUGAUUGGCUUUUGUCAAGACCCUGGCUGGGUGAUUUACCAAAGGUAAUAGGCUAGAAAAACUCUGGGAUGUGUUGUAAAGCUAUGGAAUAGAGGCUGAUAUUGGGGCUGUUAUACUGAGCUCAGCACGAGCUCAGGCACUUAGACAGCGAGAAGGAGGGGAGCAGAGGAGAGGAGGAGAGAGGAGGAGCGAGAGGAGAGGGAGAGGGAGAGAGCGAGAGAGAGAGAGCUCAGAGAGAGAGAGAGAGAGAAGAGAGAGAGAGAGGAGAGAGAGGAGAGAGAGAGAGAGAGAGAGAGAGAGAGGAGAGAGAGCGAGAGAGAGAGAGAGAGAGAGAGAGAGAGAGAGAGAGAGAGAGAGAGAGAGAGAGAGAGAGAGAGAGAGGAGAGAGAGAGCGAGAAUCGCGCUAGAGAGAGCGAGAGAGCAGAGCUCGAGAGAUCUAGAUCUUGACCGCAUAACCCCGAUAUAUAAUAUAUAUCUAGAUCCCAUGCUCUUUCCCCACCCCCCCCCCCCCCCCCCUUCUUUCUGUGCAGAAAAUACUAAUCUUGCUUCGAUUAAUGGCUUCUGACGAGUGACAAUGCACCUGAGCUGCAACAUGAGCAGAAAUUACUAUCAUUUGUUGUGUAGAAAAUGGCCUAGAUGCAGUUGCUUCGGAGGGUCUAUUGGGUCAAUUGAAAUGGCUAUAAAGGAGUAGUGGCAGGGACCUUGUGGUGUGCUGGGACUCUCACUCUCUUUCUCCUCUAUAUCCUCUCUCACCUCCCCCUCUCUCUCUCUCUGCUGUUCUUUAUAUCUCUGAGCCAAGCCAGGGCGGGUUGGCGUAAGAAAGGCUAUAGUGGAAAAAAACUCCCAGACAGACAUGGCAGAGCUAACUGAAUAUUGGGUUUUUCUAUGGGGGCCAAAGUUAGCUCUUCAGCUCUCUGCCUGCCUGGCUGGCUCUAUUCCCACUUCUCUUUAAAGGUUGAUCCUGGUCUCCACUCCAGACCCCACUCUGCUAUCACCACCAUCUGCCAAUUAACCGGAGAGGCCUGGAGCUUUGUCCAGGGCUUUUUCCAGGGCCUCUCGCCUUCCGAAAUGUUUAGUAAGAGAAAUGUCAUCUGCCCUAUGGAGAGGGGAUGGGAGCGUGGUUCACAGCCACUCCUGACUGGUAACACUGAACGCUUCAGAGGGAGACAGAAUUCAGGAAUUUGAAGUGGAUGCCAUGAGAAGAGGUGAAGAGGCAGCACUUUAUUCCAAAUAACAUUUAGGAGAGAUGUGUUGUGUGCCUCUCACUAAAACUGAACAAACUUUAUCAACAACUAAUGCUUUUAAUACACUGGUCCAAUUACCAACCACCCACUGCCACAGCACUCAACUCUCAGGGCCGGUUUCCCAGACACCGAUCAAGCUUAGUCCUGGAAUAAAAAGCUAUUUCAAUAGAGAUUCUCUAUAGUCCAGGACUAGGUUUGAUCUGUGUUCAGGAAACCGACCCUCGAUGUAAAACAUUGUUCACGGCAUAACUUCUGUCCCAUUUACAUUGAGAACGUUUGUCUCUGUGUCUGGUUGGUUUCAGGUACAGUAAUCCAGCUAGGGAGAGGGACUAUAUUCCGUUUCAACCAUCCUAAAGAGGCUGCCCAGCUCAGAGAGCAACGCAAGGUGAGUCACACCACAACCACUCUUACUAACCCUAACCCCCAGACCACACCACAACCACUCUCACUAACCCUAACCCCCAGACCACACCACAACCACUCUUACUAACCCUAACCCCCAGACCACACCACAACCACUUACUAACCCUAACCCCCAGACCACACCACAACCACGCUUACUAACCCUAACCCCCAGACCACACCCACUCUUACUAACCCUAACCCCCAGACCACACCACAACCACUCUCACUAACCCUAACCCCCAGACCACACCACAACCACUCUCACUAACCCUAACCCUAACCCCCAGACCACACCACAACCACUCGCACUAACCCUAACCCCCAGACCACACCACAACCACUCUCACUAACCUUAACCCCCAGACCACUCCACAACCACUCUCACUAACCCUAACCCCCAGACCACACCACAACCACUCUCACUAACCCUAACCCCCAGACCACACCACAACCACUCUUACUAACCCUAACCCCCCAGACCACACCACAACCACUGUUACUCUCUUAGAGCCAGUUUCCCGGACACAGACUAAGCCUAGCCCUGGACUAAAAUACACUUUCAAUAGACAUUUUACAUUGAGCAUGCUCUUUAUUCCAGGAUCAGUUUUGUAUUAAUCUGUCUGGGAAACCAGCCCUUGCAACACGACCAACUCUUACUCCCAGAUCAGAGUAAACACCAGCCCAGAACAUAACCUUACAUUUCCCUAACUUUCCUGUUAUAGAUCAGUUAUCUUGUGAUUGCUGCUCACGUUUACUUUAUCUAAACCGGUACGUAAAGUCAUUUGCAAUGCUUCGUCUCUGAGUCAUAAUUAGUGCUGUGCCGUCGGAUGUAUAUAUAUUCGAACAAGGAAAAAAAAACAUCUUCAAAGAAAUGCAUCUUUCACUUUCUCCAAGCUAUCACUGUAAAUACUGUAUCUCCUCCUACUUUAGCAUGUCUGUACACACACACAGAGAUGUGAAGCACUUCUGGUAACACCUGCAGGCGUAAUACUUCAUAGCUCGUUAUCAACAAGUAUUUAUAAUGUAUUAUAAUAAGGCAUAUAAUAUGCUCUCAAAAUGGCUGGUAUUUAGUCAGGAUCAUGAGAUGAUUAUAAGACAUUAUAAUGGGGUCAUAUACUGUAUGCUUAUGACAAGUGUAGUCAAACUGAAUUAUAAUGCAUAAUAUACCUGCUGGUUUUAAGUACUGUAAAGUGUUACCGAGCUGCUUCUUUGGAUAAUGGGCUGUAACCGGCAGGUUCCUGGCUCAGUGAUCUUUAUAGUGCACUAGUUUUGACCAGGGUCCAUAGGGCACUAUGAAGGGAAUAGGGUGCCAUUUGGGACGCACUCAUACAUUUACUGAGGCAGGUUCAGCAGGUAAUGGUUGAGUUCUAGGCUGUUAAGUCCUUUAAUGUACAGUAUAUUUAAUGUAUACUGUAUGUGGGGUGCGUUCCAAAUGACGCCCUAUGGUCACUGGUCAAAAGUAGUGCACUAUAAGGGGAAUAGGGUGCCAUUUAGGACGAAAUGCUGAUGUUAACCAGAAAAGGUACCCAGCCUUUAAACAGUAAUGCUACUGCUUCUCAGCCUUGUCCAAUGAAAUCGCUUUAUUUGGCUGCCAAGGUGUUACAUGCAAGAGUUUCUAUACCAACAAUUAUAGCACUCACAUUUGUAAGUAUUCAUUUAUAUUGUGGACAUUGUUUUUUUUUCAUUAUAAUUUUAAAUUGGGUUUAAAAAAUGGAUCACAAAAAGACAUGGGUUAUGUGGGUCCUCCUUCCUGUACGCAUUUAUGUGGGGAUGAAAUUAAGAUAAAUUGUUUCGAUAUGUUCAAUCAGAGUGCUGCCUAUAAAAUUACAUUUUACAUUGGAUUGUUUUCUCCUACUGAUCUACACAACCUACUCCACAUUUUCAAAGCCAAAUAAAGAUUAUAGAACAUUUUCCAAAUUAAUAAAAAACAAGAGUUAAGGGUUAAUAAUUGGUGUAAGCACCUUUAGCAGCCAUUACAGAAUGAAUCAUAUUGAAUAAGAUUGUACCAACUUUGCACAACUCUUAGGUCAACAUAUAUACAAAAAAAACACAUUCAAAUUGCUCAAGCUCAGUAAAUUUGCUUGGGAAUCAUUGAUGGACAGCAAUAUUCUAAAAUUGUCUCAGCUUUUCAAGCAAAUUUAAUUCAGUACUGAGACUGGAACAAUCAACACCUAUUGGAAAGCCGUUCUGGUGUGUCUUUGGCAUUACAGUUUGAUUGUCCCGCUGAAAAAUAAAGACAUACACAAGCAAAACAUCUUUGUUUUUUAUUAAAACAUUAAUUUGAAAGAAUUUCAAUACAUUUCCUUUCACUUAGAAAAUGUGGAGUAGAUUGGUAGGAAAACAUCAAAUGUAAUCUGUUUUUUUAUUACAUUUUAAGGCAGUAAAAUAUGGGGGUGUGUAGACUUUUCACUAAGCACUAUAAUUGCCCAGUCUUUGGAAGGACGACAAGUGUAUAGAUCAGGAAAAGCAUGUUCAAUGUCUCCAUGUUUUCAAAACCAUUUGGAGUUCAGUUUUCAAUAUGUCCAUAAAGACCUUUGGUGGGACCUCUUACGUUUGCAACAUCGUUGUUUUUAUUAGUGAAAGUGUGUGUGUGUGUGUGUGUGUGUGUGUGUGUGUGUGUGUGUGUGUGUGUGUAAUACUGUGUCUUAUGUUUUCUCCCAGAGUGGCCUUCUCUCCAGCUUUUCCUUGACCGACCUCUCCAGGCUUUUCCAUCCCGGGUGAGUUAACACGCGUGCACACACACACACACACACCUGAACCCUCUCUCCACUCCCACUACAUUGCAACUACACAAACAUGGCAUUGGAUGGGAAUUGUAAUUUCUGGGUAACAAUUGGAUACCUUACUGUAACAGUUUUCCAUUUAAAAUGGUAAAAAAUAAACAAAUAGCUUUUUAGCAAGAAACUAUUUCUCAAGCAAGAAUUUAGUUGAGACUGUCUGGGGGGGGGGGGGAGAGAUCACAGUAGGCCUGUGUUCUUUGGCUCCUAGGCCUGGUUGUGUGAUCUGAUAUCCUGGUGUUACAGCUACUACUCAUGUCUGACUUGCAAUUUCCUCCGCAAGACAACGUCCCCUAACAGCUGCACAGCACAGCACUUUCUCCUGCAGGCUUUAGACAGAAGUUAUGAUUUGGAGAGGAGAUGGAGUGGGAGGGAGGGAGAGACAGAGGGGAUGGAAGAAGAUGGAAUGGGAGGGAGAGAUGGACAGAGGGGAUGGAGGGAGAUGGAGUGGGAGGGAGAGACAGAGAGGGGAUGGAGUGGGAGGGAGAAACUGAGGGGAUGGAGAGAAUGAGAGGGGAUGGAUGAAGUGGAAGAGAGAGUUGGAGUGGGAGUGCGAUGAGAAAAUAUGGGAGAGAAAGAGACAAAGAUAGAGGACAGGAGAUGGAUGAGCUAGUCGGAUGAGAUGGAUGUCCCCUGGUGAUAUUGAGAAAGUUAUCUUGGAGAAGUUCAGACGGAUAACAACAUGCACUGCUCCAAAAAAUAAAGGGAACACUAAAAUAACACAUCCUAGAUCUGAAUGAAUUAAAUAAUCGUAUUAAAUACUUUUUUCUUUACAUAGUUGAAUGUGCUGACAACAAAACCACACAAAAAUGAUCAAUGGAAAUCAAAUUUAUCAACCCAUGGAGGUCUGGAUUUGGAGUCACCCUCAAAAUUAAAGUGGAAAACCACACUACAGGCUGAUCCAACUUUGAUGUAAUGUCCUUAAAACAAGUCAAAAUGAGGCUCAGUAGUGUGUGUGGCCUCCACGUGCCUGUAUGACCUCCCUACAACGCCUGGGCAUGCUCCUGAUGAGGUGGCGGAUGGUCUCCUGAGGGAUCUCCUCCCAGACCUGGACUAAAGCAUCCGCCAACUCCUGGACAGUCUGUGGUGCGAGAUAUGAUGUCCCAGAUGUGCUCAAUUGGAUUCAGGUCUGGGGAACGGGCGGGCCAGUCCAUAGCAUCAAUGCCUUCCUCUUGCAGGAACUGCUGACACACUCCAGCCACAUGAGGUCUAGCAUUGUCUUGCAUUAGGAGGAACCCAGGGCCAACCGCACCAGCAUAUGGUUUCACAAGGGGUCUGAGGAUCUCAUCUCGGUACCUAAUGGCAGUCAGGCAACCUCUGGUGAGCACAUGGAGGGCUGUGCGGCCCCCCAAAGAAAUGCCACCCCACACCAUCACUGACCCACCGCCAAACCGGUCAUGCUGGAGGAUGUUGCAGGCAGCAGAACGUUCUCCACGGCGUCUCCAUACUCUGUCACGUGCUCAGUGUGAACCUGCUUUCAUCUGUGAAGAGCACAGGGCGCCAGUGGCGAAUUUGUGUUCUCUGGCAAAUGCCAAACGUCCUGCACGGUGUUGGGCUGUAAGCACAACCCCCGCCUGUGGACGUCGGGCCCUCAUACCACCCUCAUGGAGUCUGUUUCUGACCGUUUGAGCAGACACAUGCACAUUUGUGGCCUGCUGGAGGUCAUUUUGCAGGGCUCUGGCAGUGCUCCUCCUGCUCCUCCUUGCACAAAGGCGGAGGUAGUGGUCCUGCUGCUGGGUUGUUGCCCUCCUACGGCCUCCUCCACGUCUCCUGAUGUACUGGCCUGUCUCCUGGUAGCGCCUCCAUGCUCUGGAAACUACGCUGACAGACACAGCAAACCUUCUUGCCACAGCUCGCAUUGAUGUGCCAUCCUGGAUGAGCUGCACUACCUGAGCCACUUGUGUGGGUUGUAGACUCCGUCUCAUGCUACCACUAGAGUGAAAGCACCGCCAGCAUUCAAAAGUGACCAAAACAUCAGCCAGGAAGCAUAGGAACUGAGAAGUGGUCUGUGGUCACAUCCUGCAGAACCAGUCCUUUAUUGGGGGUGUCUUGCUAAUUGCCUAUAAUUUCCACCUGUUGUCUAUUCCAUUUGCACAACAGCAUGUGAAAUGUAUUGUCAAUCAGUGUUGCUUCCUAAGUGGACAGUUUGAUUUCACAGAAGUGUGAUUGACUUGGAGUUACAUUCUGUUGUUUAAGUGUUCCCUUUAUUUUUUUGAGCAGUGUACAACACAUCUCUAAAAUGUAAAGAUGGCAGACAGACAACACACAGCUAAAACACCGAUACAAUAACAUGCAGCCACUACAGUUACCACACACACUAACGCCGGGUGGACACUACACGACUUUUAGAAUUCCAACAUCGCUGAGCCUCACAUUAAAGGACCAGCUUUCCUGUAGUUUUUUGUCUUGUCAACGUAGUGGUGUGCACACUAAAUGAUGUGGCACAGACAGGGGUCACACACUACAAGAUUCUUGACUUGGUCGUGAGGAUUCUCGAUACCACGCUGUUUUGCGAAAACAAUGUGAUUAUAUUUAACGUAGCUACAACGAGCUAUGGCUCAAAGCAGCCUCAUAAACGUUCAGUCAGACAUUCAUGCUUGCCACACAGAUUUGAAAUAUCUAGCCAACAUUUUGAAUUGAAUAACAUUGCUUGUGAACUUCAGAGCCCUCAGAUUGCGUCUUUGACCUGCUCAAAUUAAACGAGUGUCGGUGACGGCCGGGGAUUUUGUCUCCGAUCUCAAAAACUUGUCUGGGACAGCUAAAUCGUGGGCAAAAUCGUGUAGUGUACACCCGGCUUAACAGAUAAUGGACUCCGAGGCCACUGGGAUCGUUUUGGCUGCUCUAAAAUGAGGUGUGUACGUGUACAGUAUGUCGAGACACACACACAACUGUCUUGCUGUACUUGUGAGGACUUUUUGGGGACCAACAAUCUGUUUCAAUUCAAAAUCCUAUUUUCCCUAACCCUAAACUUAACCCCUAACCUUAAACUUAACCUCUAAGCCUAAAAUAGCCUUUUUAACCAGCAAAAUGUCCUCACUUAGAUUAUUUUGUUGGUUUACGAUUCUUGUGAGGACUUCUGGUACUCACAAGUAUAGUAAAACGUGUCUCGCACACACACACACACACACACACACACACUAUUAGAUUUGAAUAGCAAACAGCCCCAAUGUCUGGAUAAGGAUUAUGAGACACUCAACUAGCUGUGAAAUGAAGCAGAAUGACUGUGUGCAUGUAGAUUGGAGGAUUAACGUACAGUACAAUACUGGGGCUGUGUCCCAAAUGGCACCCUAUUCCCUAUGGGCCCUGGUCAAAAGUAGUGCAGUAUACAGGAACUAGGGUGCCAUUUGCAUCGCAAAUGGAGGGGGAGGGGGGGGGGGGGGGGGGGGAGAACACAGAGAGAAACCAAAUAUACAGCUCAAGAAGAUAUCUGACAGCAAAUGACAGAUUUAGGGAGGGCUAAAUGUAUUACUGUAUUAGUGUGUGUCUGUCUGCACAUGUGCAUGCGUUAAUAAAUGGUUUUGCAGUCUUGUCUUUUACAAACACUUUUGAAGUAUCUUGUGUCACAGCAAGGAAAAUAAUUAAAAUAGCUUUUGAAAACAAAGUCGCUGGCAGCCGGAUAAACCCAAUUGAUCUGAGCCUCCUCUCCUCUCCUCUCCUCUCCUCUCCUCUCCUCUCUCUCCUCUCCUCUCCUCAUCCUCCCUCUCUCCUCUCCUCUCCUCUCCUCUCCUCUCCUCUCCUUCCUUCCCCUCCUCUCCUCUUCCUCUCCUCUCCUCUCCUCUCCUCUCCUCUCCUCUCCUCUCCUCUCCUCUCCUCUCGGCUUAUCGAGAUCCUAUUAAAAUACUUUACCAAGAUGGAUGAUUUCUAGUGUUCUAAUUCCUAAUUCUAUGGCUGCCUCCUCCUCCACCAACAGGAUGGAUGUUUUUGCUGUAGCAGGAGAGAAUGGAGAAUCUAGACAACAGAGGAGCUCUGUGCUUUCUCCUCGACUACGGACCUGUACGGUUAUGGUACGUACACACACAGCGACAUAUAUGUGUAUGUACACUCAUAGAUGGAAACUGUGCUAGUGGAUGGGUAAACCUUUUACUAACUAACAACGGGGCAAAUUUGCACCAAAUGUUUCUAACAAAAAGGUAAAAUACAGAUUAAAGGAUUAAGAUAGACAAAAUGUAAAGUGGGUUUAACUGUCAGCGUGUUGCUGUAUGAGACUAUUGUGUAGGCUACGUUCCUAUAUCCACAGCAUACCAAUUAGAAUGCAUUCCCAAUACAUUGCUUUAUUCUGUGUUUGUGUGACUGUCAGUGCACUUCUGUUACUCUGGGCUCUGAACAUCACCAUCUCAGUUCUAGUCAGGUCGGGUUUCACUGCUUCUUCUUUGCAAAUUGUUAGAUAAGAAUAUAAUGGCUACUCCUCUCCCCUGCCUCGGCCUAAUGCAUUCACGCACACAGCCUAAUACAGACUUUUAUGGAGCAUGAAAUGCCUGUUCCCUUGGCUUGUUUUCUUUGUUUAAUAUGCACAUAUUUCAAACCCAUUACCUUCCUGCAGGGUUUUCAGAGCCCACCUCAGAGAGAACGACUAGCGUUUUGUGAAAGCACAUUGUACACAAAGCAAGACGUUAGUGUGUGUACAUCUCUCUCUCUCUCUCUCUCUCUCUGAUCCUCACGCCAUUGGCUUGUUAAUGCUUUGAUGAAUGUUUUUUUCUACAGAAGAAAACAAAAUACUUGAAACAUUGUUUUUUUUAAAUUAGCAAUGUGGGUUAACUGUGGCUUUUUUCAGUUAAAAACAAUAGACAGGCUACCUGGUUAUAUGAGGAAUUACUUGUUUCAAAAAGUUGAAACGAAGGAGAAGUGAUUUAUCAUGUUUUUCUCUCUCACCCAGACAGAGGCCACGUCUAUGGAGGCCCCUGACUCUCGUCAUCCUUCAGCGUGUUAUGCUGCCGGAGCCCCUCAGCAUCUGCAGGCCAGGCUAAACAGGUGGAGCUUCGGUGAGGCUGAGGGCCGUCAGGGGCCCAGCAGUACUGCUGAUAGAGAGAGCCAGAGCAGGCUGCAGGAGAAGAGGGCCUCCCCAGUCCACCGGACAGGGACUCCUACUAACGCUCCCACUCUCACUUCCGACCCCACUCUCACUCCCACAGCCUUGGAACGGGACAGCCUGCAGCAGGGAUCGGAAGGAGAGGUGGAGGAGGUUGAAGAGUGGGACUCGUGUCAUCAAUUAGGGUCUGGGGUGGGGGUGUCUGAUAGGCAGAUGGAGGGAGCGCUACCUCUGCGUAGAGCGAGGGAAGAGGGAGGACUCUAUUGGGGUGAGGAGGCCUGGUCUGGGCCUUGGGACCGAGACGAGGAAAGGAACUGGGCCCUCCAGCAGACACCUGUCCUCCUGGUCCAGCAGGCUGAUGUAUGUACUGUUGGGCCAGAGGGUCUACCGGAGCCUGCUAACAAGAGCCCAGGUGUCCUGUCAGGCCUACCUGAUGGCUGCAGGGGCCUGGGAGGGGACCUGUCCAGGGCCGGAGCCCGCUACGGUGGCCCUGCAGGGACCUCAUUAGGCACUGCUGUAUCCUACCUGCAUAGAGGAGACGGAGGAGGAAUAGACGGAGGGACGGAGGAACGAACGCACCAUGCCCACCUCCCACAGGCCAGCAGCAGCUCAACAUACACACAGACCUCUCCCUCUCAGUUUGACACACACACUGCCUCUCUGUCUCAGAUUGACACACACACUGACAGCCAGGCAACACACACUGCCUCUCGGCAGGACAGACACAGACGUAGCCAGGCGGUACGCGGCCUACCGCUAGAGGCUUUGGAGGGUCAGUUCAGUCGUGUCAUGAUGGAUCGAUCCAGGACGACAGUGCAGGGCCACUGGGAGAAUGACAAGGAGGAUGAGGCUGGGGCUAGGAGGGAAGGGGAGGCUGGGGCUGGGAGGGAGGGGGAGGCUGGGGCUGGGAGGGAGGGGGAGGCUGGGGCUGGGGGGGAGGAGGUGGAGCAGGCCUUCAGGCUGGGCUCUCUGGUUAGCAGGGUGUUUAGGGAGGAGGAGGUGGAGCAAGAGGGGGAGCAGCAGUUCUCUGUCUCUGGGCUAGGCGCUCUGGUUAGAAGGGUAUGCCAGAUCUCUGGGCUUGGAAGGGAGCAGGACCUAGACUCUCUGGGGGAAGAGGUCUCUGGGAUGGGUUCUCUGGUCAGCAGGGGGGUCUCCUGGAUGUUUCCGGACGCGGGGCGUCUCCUUCGCAGCUCCACCCCCAGGGUCCUGCAGCAGGUCUGGGACGGUACAGGAGUUCUGCAGCCCACAGCUGGGGAAGGGGCUGGGAGUCUGCAGCCUGGAGCCGGGGGAGGAGCCAGCUCCAACUGGUCCAGUCAGGUUGUCUCCAUUGUGAGGGAGAGUCAGGUGCUGUCGGUGGUCAAAGACAGCCAGGUCUUCUCAUUGGUCAGAGAGAGUCAUGUGUACUCCCUGGUCCGAGACAGUCAGGUGUUCUCUAUGGUCAGUGAGCUGCCAUUGGUGCAUCACAUCAGCACAGCGCUAACUCAAGACUUCGGGAGCAUUCACAAUGAGCUCACUCAGGAUCGUCAGCCAGUGGAGUCAACUGGACUCCAGCAGAGAGCUAUUGACCUCAACACAACACCAGAAAUAAACCUGCCCCUAGUCCACAACACUGUUCUCAGCACAGCACCGAUCCUGUACCCAGCCCACAACACCAUCGAGUUUGCACAUAAACGGAACACAGGUAAAGAAGUGGAUUGGAGAACAAAGGAACAGAGUCCCAUCAGAGAACUGGUGUGUACAUCGGAGCAGGAGGGCAGGGAGGAAGCUCUAGCUAAGUCAGAGGAACAGAGUCCCAUCAGAGAACUGGUGUGUACAUCGGAGCAGAAGGGCAGAGAGGAAGCUCUAGCUAAGUCAGAGGAACAGAGUCCCAUCAGAGAACUAGAGUGUACAUCGGAGCAGGAGGGAAGAGAGGAAGCUCUAGCUAAGUCAGAGGAACAGAGUUCCAUCAGAGAACUGGAGUGUACAUCGGAGCAGGAGGGCAGAGAGGAAGCUCUAGCUAAGUCAGAGGAACAGAGUUCCAUCAGAGAACUGGAGUGUACAUCGGAGCAGGAGGGCAGAGAGGAAGCUCUAGCUAAGUUGGAGGAACAGAGUCCCAUCAGAGAACUGGUGUGUACAUCUGAGCAGGAGGGCAGAGAGGAAGCUCUAGCUAAGUCAGAGGAACAGAGUCCCAUCAGAGAACUGGUGUGUACAUCGGAGCAGGAGGGCAGAGAGGAAGCUCUAGCUAAGUCAGAGGAACAGAGUCCCAUCAGAGAACUAGAGUGUACAUCAGAGCAGGAGGGCAGAGAGGAAGCUCUAGCUAAGUCAGAGGAACAGAGUCCCAUCAGAGAACUGGUGUGUACAUCGGAGCAGGAGGGCAGAGAGGAAGCUCUAGCUAAGUCAGAGGAACAGAGUCCCAUCAGAGAACUGGUGUGUACAUCGGAGCAGGAGGGCAGAGAGGAAGCUCUAGCUAAGUCAGAGGAACAGAGUCCCAUCAGAGAACUGGUGUGUACAUCGGAGCAGGAGGGCAGAGAGGAAGCUCUAGCUAAGUCAGAGGAACAGAGUCCCAUCAGAGAACUGGUGUGUACAUCGGAGCAGGAGGGCAGAGAGGAAGUUCUAGCUAAGUCAGAGGAACAGAGUUCCAUCAGAGAACUGGAGUGUACAUCGGAGCAGGAGGGCAGAGGGGAAGCUCUAGCUAAGUUGGAGGAACAGAGUCCCAUCAGAGAACUGGUGUGUACAUCUGAGCAGGAGGGCAGAGAGGAAGCUCUAGCUAAGUCAGAGGAACAGAGUCCCAUCAGAGAACUGGUGUGUACAUCUGAGCAGGAGGGCAGAGAGGAAGCUCUAGCUAAGUCAGAGGAACAGAGUCCCAUCAGAGAACUGGUGUGUACAUCGGAGCAGGAGGGCAGAGAGGAAGCUCUAGCUAAGUCAGAGGAACAGAGUCCCAUCAGAGAACUUGUGUGUACAUCAGAGCAGGAGGGCAGAGAGGAAGCUCUAGCUAAGUCAGAGGAACAGAGUCCCAUCAGAGAACUGGUGUGUACAUCUGAGCAGGAGGGCAGAGAGGAAGCUCUAGCUAAGUCAGAGGAACAGAGUCCCAUCAGAGAACUGGUGUGUACAUCUGAGCAGGAGGGCAGAGAGGAAGCUCUAGCUAAGUCAGAGGAACAGAGUCCCAUCAGAGAACUUGUGUGUACAUCAGAGCAGGAGGGCAGAGAGGAAGCUCUAGCUAAGUCAGAGGAACAGAGUCCCAUCAGAGAACUGGUGUGUACAUCGGAGCAGGAGGGCAGAGAGGAAGCUCUAGCUAAGUCAGAGGAACAGAGUCCCAUCAGAGAACUGGUGUGUACAUCGGAGCAGGAGGGCAGAGAGGAAGUUCUAGCUAAGUCAGAGGAACAGAGUUCCAUCAGAGAACUGGAGUGUACAUCGGAGCAGGAGGGCAGAGGGGAAGCUCUAGCUAAGUUGGAGGAACAGAGUCCCAUCAGAGAACUGGUGUGUACAUCUGAGCAGGAGGGCAGAGAGGAAGCUCUAGCUAAGUCAGAGGAACAGAGUCCCAUCAGAGAACUGGUGUGUACAUCGGAGCAGGAGGGCAGAGAGGAAGCUCUAGCUAAGUCAGAGGAACAGAGUCCCAUCAGAGAACUUGUGUGUACAUCAGAGCAGGAGGGCAGAGAGGAAGCUCUAGCUAAGUCAGAGGAACAGAGUCCCAUCAGAGAACUGGUGUGUACAUCGGAGCAGGAGGGCAGAGAGGAAGCUCUAGCUAAGUCAGAGGAACAGAGUCCCAUCAGAGAACUGGUGUGUACAUCGGAGCAGGAGGGCAGAGAGGAAGUUCUAGCUAAGUCAGAGGAACAGAGUUCCAUCAGAGAACUGGAGUGUACAUCGGAGCAGGAGGGCAGAGGGGAAGCUCUAGCUAAGUUGGAGGAACAGAGUCCCAUCAGAGAACUGGUGUGUACAUCUGAGCAGGAGGGCAGAGAGGAAGCUAAGUCAGAGGAACAGAGUCCCAUCAGAGAACUGGUGUGUACAUCUGAGCAGGAGGGCAGAGAGGAAGCUCUAGCUAAGUCAGAGGAACAGAGUCCCAUCAGAGAACUGGUGUGUACAUCUGAGCAGGAGGGCAGAGAGGAAGCUCUAGCUAAGUCAGAGGAACAGAGUUCCAUCAGAGAACUGGAGUGUACAUCGGAGCAGGAGGGCAGAGGGGAAGCUCUAGCUAAGUUGGAGGAACAGAGUCCCAUCAGAGAACUGGUGUGUACAUCUGAGCAGGAGGGCAGAGAGGAAGCUAAGUCAGAGGAACAGAGUCCCAUCAGAGAACUGGUGUGUACAUCUGAGCAGGAGGGCAGAGAGGAAGCUCUAGCUAAGUCAGAGGAACAGAGUCCCAUCAGAGAACUGGUGUGUACAUCGGAGCAGGAGGGCAGAGAGGAAGUUCUAGCUAAGUCAGAGGAACAGAGUUCCAUCAGAGAACUGGAGUGUACAUCGGAGCAGGAGGGCAGAGGGGAAGCUCUAGCUAAGUUGGAGGAACAGAGUCCCAUCAGAGAACUGGUGUGUACAUCUGAGCAGGAGGGCAGAGAGGAAGCUAAGUCAGAGGAACAGAGUCCCAUCAGAGAACUGGUGUGUACAUCUGAGCAGGAGGGCAGAGAGGAAGCUCUAGCUAAGUCAGAGGAACAGAGUCCCAUCAGAGAACUGGUGUGUACAUCUGAGCAGGAGGGCAGAGAGGAAGCUCUAGCUAAGUCAGAGGAACAGAGUUCCAUCAGAGAACUGGUGUGUACAUCGGAGCAGGAGGGCAGGGAGGAAGCUCUAGCUAAGUCGGAGGCACAGAGUAUAACCAAGGAGGAACUGUGGCCAUCAAAGGACCAGAUCAAGAUCGCGGAGGACCCACGGUGUGUCACUUGUGGAGCCAAGAGCACCAAGUCACAGCCCCCUCCAGAGCAGGGGGACAACACCAGGUCCACAGGCCCAGAGAAGAGCUCUAUUCCUGUGCAGGGGAAUCGGAGGACUGAUGGUGUUCAGGUGUAUUAUGGGGUAUGUUUUUUGGGGGGGGGUUAAAAAAAUAUAAUAAUUGUAAAUUGUGUUAAAUAAUUCAGCCUUCGCUGCUAUUGAUACCAUGGGUGCGUUCACUAUGAGAAAAUGGUUUCCAACGUUUAAUUCAAUUGAGACGGCACUGUAUUUAACGAUCAGAACGGUGUGAUUAUAGUGGCCCAGAGGGAGAUUGUAUAUGGUGUUUGUUGCACAAGUUUUGCGAUUUCAAAUGGUCACAACCAUAUUGAUCUGGCCACACUGCAAAGGCUGUUGAAGAACGGUGUGCACCGUUUUGUGCAAACGUGUCGUUUAGUAGAAACUGUCACGCGACGUAACAAACGUUGAAUUGAACUGAAAGCACAUAUGUAACGUUGCUUUAAUAAAAUAAACCAUUCUCUCUUUCUCUCAGAGCCUGGUGGAGUUCCCAGGGGCUCUGGUUAAACUCCAGUCCCUUCACGUAUCCACCCUUCUGGGCUGUCUCCAGUCCGUCCUCCCCUCAGUCUUCACAUCUCGGAGACUACUGGCUCUGUACUGGCUGGGCGUGGCUAACUGCAGCCAGCCCCGCCCACACAUCGCCCUCGUUCUCCUAUUGGAGUCCUGCCUCUACGCCCUGACCUUUGACCCUGACACGCCCGAUCAGACCACAUCUCUGACAGUGUUCCACCACCUCAUCCUGCUACAAGUUAAGGAGAUCCGGGUAGGCUGUUUUAGAGUUGAAAAAAUGAAUAUAAUAUCUAUUUUAUUGUUCUACCAAUUAAAUCAUUUUCCUAUUUCUUAUUUGCCUAUUUAAUUAGAUUUAUUCAUAACAUUUUAUCGUUAUCUUUAUCAUCAUAUACACUACCAGUCAAAAGGUUGGACACACCUACUCAUUCAAGGUUUUUUCUUUAUUUUUACUAUUUUCUAUAUUGUAGAAUAAUAGUGAAGACAUCAAAACUAUAAAAUAACACAUAUGGAAUCAUGUAGUAACCAACAUUUUUUUCAACAAAUCAAAAUAUAUUUGAAAUUCUUCAAAUAGCCACCCUUUUCCUUGAUGACAGCUUUACACACUCUAGGCAUUCUCUCAACCAGCUUCAUGAGGAAUGCUUUUACAACAGUCUUGAAGGAGUUCCCAUACAGUUGAAGUCGGAAGUUUACAUACACCUUAGCCAAAUAAAUUUAAACUCAGUUUUUCACAAUUCCUGACAUUUAAUACUAGUAAAAAUGUCCUGUCAGUUAGGAUCACCACUUUAUUUUAAGAAUGUGAAAUGUCAGAAUAAUAGUAGUGAUUUAUUUCAGCUUUUAUUUCUUUCAUCACAUUCCCAGUGGGUCAGAAGUUUACAUACACUCAAUUAGUAUUUGGUAUCAUUGCCUUUAAAUUGUUUAACUUGGGUCAAACAUGUAGCCUUCCACAAGCUUCCCACAAUAAGUUGGGUGAAUUUUGGCCCAUUCCUCCUGACAGAGCUGGUGUAACGGAGUCAGGUUUGUAGGCCUCCUUGCUCGCACACACUUUUUCAGUUCUGCCCACACAUUUUCUAUAGGAUUGAGGUCAGGGCUUUGUGAUGGCCACUCCAAUACCUUGACUUUAUUGUCCUUAAGCCAUUUUGCCAUAACUUUGGAAGUAUGCUUGGGGUCAUUGUCCAUUUGGAAGACCCAUUUGCGACCAAGCUUUAACUUCCUGACUGAUGUCUUGAGAUGUUGCUUCAAUAUAUCCACAUACUUUUCCUUCCUCAUGAUGCCAUCUAUUUUGUGAAGUGCACCAGUCCCUCCUGCAGCAAAGUACCCCCACAGCAUGAUGCUGCCACCCCCGUGCUUCACAGUUGGGAUGGUGUUCUUUGGCUUAUAAGCAACCCCCUUUUUCCUCCAAACAUAACGAUGGUCAUUAUGGCCAAACAGUUCUAUUUUUGUUUCAUCAGACCAGAGGACAUUUCUCCAAAAAGUACGAUCUUUGACCCCAUGUGCAGUUGCAAACCGUAGUCUGUCUUUUUUAUGGCAGUUUUGGAGCAGUGGCUUCUUCCUUGCUGAGCGGCCUUUCAGGUUAUGUCGAUAUAGGACUCGUUUUACUGUGGAUAUAGAUAAUUUUGUAUCUGUUUCCUCCAGCAUCUUCACAAGGUCCUUUGCUGUUGUUCUGGGAUUGAUUUGCACUUUUCACACCAAAGUACGUUCAUCUCUAGGAGACAGAAUGCUUCUCCUUCCUGAGUGGUAUGAUGGCUGCGUGGUCCCAUGGUGUUUAUACUUGCGUACUAUUGUUUGUACAGAUGAACGUGGUACCUUCAGGCGUUUGGAAAUUGCUCCCAAGGAUGAACCAGACUUGUGGAGGUCUACAAUUUUUUCUCUGAGGUCUUGGCUGAUUUCUUUUGAUUUCCCCAUUAUGUCAAGCAAAGAGGCACUGGGUUUGAAGGUAGGCCUUGAAAUACAUCCACAGGUACACCUCCAAUUGACUCAAAUGAUGUCAAUUAGCCUAUCAGAAGCUUCUAAAGCCAUGACAUUUUCUGGAAUUUUCCAAGCUGUUUAAAGGCACGGUCAACUUAGUGUAUGUAAACUUCUGACCCACUGGAAUUGUGAUACAGUGAAUUAUAAGUGAAAUAAUCUGUAAACAAUUGUUGGAAAAAUUACUUGUGUCAUACACAAAGUAGAUGUCCUAACCGACUUGCCAAAACUACAGUUUGUUAACAAGAAAUUUGUGAAGUGGUUGAAAAACAAGUUUUUAAUGACUCCAACCUAAGUGUAUGUAAACUUCCGACUUCAACUGUGUACGUGUAUAAAUAUACAGUGGGGGAAAAAAGUAUUUAGUCAGCCACCAAUUGUGCAAGUUCUCCCACUUAAAAAGAUGAGAGGCCUGUAAUUUUCAUCAUAGGUACACGUCAACUAUGACAGACAAAUUGAGAAGAAAACAAUCCAGAAAAUCACAUUGUAGGAUUUUUUAUGAAUUUAUUUGCAAAUUAUGGUGGAAAAUAAGUAUUUGGUCACCUACAACCAAGCAAGAUUUCUGGCUCUCACAGACCUGUAACUUCUUCUUUAAGAGGCUCCUCUGUCCUCCACUCGUUACCUGUAUUAAUGGCACCUGUUUGAACUUGUUAUCAGUAUAAAAGACACCUGUCCACAACCUCAAACAGUCACACUCCAAACUCCACUAUGGCCAAGACCAAAGAGCUGUCAAAGGACACCAGAAACAAAAUUGUAGACCUGCACCAGGCUGGGAAGACUGAAUCUGCAAUAGGUAAGCAGCUUGGUUUGAAGAAAUCAACUGUGGGAGCAAUUAUUAGGAAAUGGAAGACAUACAAGACCACUGAUAAUCUCCCUCGACCUGGGGCUCCACGCAAGAUCUCACCCCGUGGGGUCAAAAUGAUCACAAGAACGGUGAGCAAAAAUCCCAGAACCACACGGGGGGACCUAGUGAAUGACCUGCAGAGAGCUGGGACCAAAGUAACAAAGCCUACCAUCAGUAACACACUACGCCGCCAGGGACUCAAAUCCUGCAGUGCCAGACGUGUCUCCCUGCUUAAGCCAGUACAUGUCCAGGCCCGUCUGAAGUUUGCUAGAGUGCAUUUGGAUGAUCCAGAAGAGGAUUGGGAGAAUGUCAUAUGGUCAGAUGAAACCAAAAUAGAACUUUUUGGUAAAAACUCAACUCGUAGUGUUUGGAGGACAUAGAAUGCUGAGUUUCAUCCAAAGAACACCAUACCUACUGUGAAGCAUGGGGGUGGAAACAUCAUGCUUUGGGGCUGUUUUUCUGCAAAGGGACUAGGACGACUGAUCCGUGUAAAGGAAAGAAUGAAUGGGGCCAUGUAUCGUGAGAUUUUGAGUGAAAACCUCCUUCCAUCAGCAAGGGCAUUGAAGAUGAAACGUGGCUGGGUCUUUCAGCAUGACAAUGAUCCCAAACACACCGCCCGGGCAACGAAGGAGUGGCUUCGUAAGAAGCAUUUCAAGGUCCUGGAGUGGCCUAGCCAGUCUCCAGAUCUCAACCCCAUAGAAAAUCUUUGGAGGGAGUUGAAAGUCCGUGUUGCCCAGCGACAGCCCCAAAACAUCACUGCUCUAGAGGAGAUCUGCAUGGAGGAAUGGGCCAAACUACCAGCAACAGUGUGUGAAAACCUUGUGAAGACUUACAGAAAACGUUUGACCUGUGUCAUUGCCAACAAAGGGUAUAUAACAAAGUAUUGAGAAACUUUUGUUAUUGACCAAAUACUUAUUUUCCACCAUAAUUUGCAAAUAAAUUCAUUAAAAAUCCUACAAUGUGAUUUUCUGGAAAAAAAAAUCUCAUUUUGUCUGUCAUAGUUGACGUGUACCUAUGAUGAAAAUUACAGGCCUCUCAUCUUUUUAAGUGGGAGAACUUGCACAAUUGGUGGCUGACUAAAUACUUUUUUUUCCCCACUGUAUGUAUGUAUAUAAUACACACACACACACAAGUAUGUGGACACACCUUCAAAUUAGUGGAUUUGGCUAUUUCAGCCACACCCGUUGCUGACCGGUGUAUAAAAUCAAGCACGCAGCCCUUGAUUUUGGAGAUGUUCGACAAGCAGGUGUCCACAUACUUAUGUAGUAUAUAACCAUCUAUUCAUUGAUCCAUCCAUCCAGGUGGGUUUCUGCGGUCAGAGCCUGCAUCUCAAGGCCUCCAGUGAGGAGAGCGUCCUCACCCUCUACACCCACAGGUAAAAGACAGAACCACGGUGCUUAACUCUUAUCCUCUAAACAAAUGAAAGGGUGCUUGGAGCCAACAGUGGAUCAAGAUCGAUCGCCAAUCAAACAAUCAAUUUUUUCCAGAUACGCCAGCACUUGAAUAUAAGUAGAUUGUAAAGUAGGUUAUGUCUUCGUGUGGUUUACUAAGACAUGUGUAUAUUUUAAACAAAGCUUCAGUUGCACCCUUUACCUCCAAACCCACAGCCAGACCCUCACCCAGGCCCUCACCCACACCUUGCUUGGUGUCCUCUGUCCCGGGGACCAGCGAGUGUCACAACACCCCCUCCUGGUGGAGGACCUGAUGGUUCUGUCUCUGGACUGGAAGGCCCAGGCACCUGACCUGCUGCUGAAUGCUGAACUCAGGCUGUCUGGCCAGUUCCACCAGACCCUAGCUGACCUGGUCUACCUCGUUCACGGCAACAUGAACAGGUAUAGUAGUCGUAUUAAUAUAGUAGUAUUAUUGUAGUAGUGGUGGUGGUCUCAGGCUGUCUGGCCAGUUACACAACACUAGCUGACCUGGUCUACCUCCUACACAGCAACAUGGACAGGUAGUAGUAUUUCUUGGUCUUGAAAGGAUAGCUCAAAUAUUAUAGCUCUAUAUUUAUUUUAUUCAGUGUCUGUAUUUCAGGGAAAGCAAGUCAGUGGGCAGAUAAGAGGUAAAGAGAUAUAAAAGGGAUUGUAUUAUCCAGUUUAGAAGAUAAAAUAAUGAGUAGAACAUAGGAUAAACUAAAAUGUUUUAGUCUUUUCAGAGAGAAGCCUCAUCUAGGAGAGGUCAGGCUGCUGCUUUACACCAGCGUUGGUGUGACAACGACCCCUGACCCCAGACCUGACCCCUCGGCCCAGCUCCUCCUCACUGACACACACCUGGGACUGGUGCAGGUACAUUAACUUUGUCAAAUACAUUUAUUAAUAAAUUAAUACAUUCAUUCAUUUAUGUAGGAUGAUGCCAUGCGCAAAGCACUCACUCACUCACUCAUGUAGGAGGAUGCAGUAUUCCACUCCGCCCCGCGCCACGUCCCCCUGCUUUCCCGCAAGGCCCAGUUCAAGGGGGUGACCCUCCGUUGCCGCUCUGACGUCCGCUGUGUGAUAGUCCGAGACGGGGUUGGGAGCUCGACCGGUGUGGGUGGAGAUGGACCCGGGGAUGAAGGUAUUUCAUUUGAUUUAUUUGACCAUUUUUAAAAACACAAUUCAACCACACAUAUGGAUACAGUUUAUUUAAAUUCAUCAACGAUAACACAGAAAAGUUUAAUAACUUAUUUAUGUUAUGGUCUUAGGUGGGGCAACCAGGCUGGACAUCAUCCUGUCUCAGGACUGGAGGACCAGGGGAGAGAGGGGGGACAAGCCUAGAGGUCACCCUGAAAGAGGUGCUGUUGCUGGAGCUGAUGGAAGUGAGGUAGGGGGGGUAGCUGGAGCUGGUGUCCCAUCUGCUGGCUCUAAUUCAUGUCCUCCUCCGCAGCAGGCUGAAGUAUGGAAAUUACAUUUCAGCUGCUCCUCCGAGGCCGCCUGUCUGAUUAAUCACUUGUCAAACGUCUGAAUGGUCACUGAUCAAGGACUAGAGGACUGGACAUUCUGUAAUGAACUAUAGCUUAGACAGGACCGGUCAGAACUGGUACCUAUCUCUCAUCGAGAGGAUGGCAAGGUGUGUUUGCUCACUGAGUGGCAGUCAAGGGUCCAGUGUAUCUCAAACAAACAAGAUGGAGAAUAUCGCUACCAUUAAACUAUUUAGGGCCAGUUUCCCGAACACAGACUAAGCCUAGUCAUGGACUUAAAAGCAGGCUCAAAAGACAAUCUCCUUAUACCUUCUAGUCCAUAGAGUAUAGUAAUAUAUUGAUGAUGUGUUUAAAGUUUUGGUGAAUGUUUCCAUGCACAUAUUUCUAUGCAAUUUCUAAAUCAAAUUUUCCACUUACUUUCACAUUCAUUUAAAGAGACUCAGCGACAUGACGUAGAUGCAGAAAGUAAACAGCAUAGUGGGUCAAUUUCCGCAACAACUAAGAGCGUUGAAGCGCGAGGCUCAACUUCUCCGCUGUCUUGGUGCCCUGGCUACCAGCAACCACAUGCGCAGAUACUGUGUGUGACAGAGAGGUCUUGCAUCAUUUCAAUAUCUGCGGGGCUGCUCGUGGACACAUUAUUUCGCUGAGUCUACCUUUAAGUCUUUCUGAAAUAUGCUAUAAUGUUUGUUUAUUUGUUUGUGUCUCAUCUUCCAUGCCACACUGUGUGUUAGUGUUAGUCUGUUAAUGCUGUUUUUGUUUACACUGUAGAGGGAACACAGGACACUUGAUUGCACAGAAUAUAGGCCAUUUUUAUGGAAAAAUGUGAAGGGCACAAAUAAUUGCAGGGUAAGCUUUUUAAGCAUAUUUGCACAUUUGACCACACAACAGACCAGUGUUAUACCUCAGAUAUUAAAAUGUUUGGGUUUUAUGGACAUUUAUUUUAUGCCAAAUAAAGUCAUCGAGUAAUUAAUUAUGUUUGUGGAAUAUUUGCCUGUCAUAGUUUUAGACACGUGUGUAAAAUAUAAAUGUGUUAAAAUGAUCAUGUUUACAAUGCUGCAGGUGGCAAGGCUGUUUUUGGUUUGUUUUUGUUUGUAAAGUAAUAAAAGUAAUACUAAUCUCUUUGGUUUGUCAGUCAAUUGUUUAUAGUAGACUAUCUUGUGUGAAGGAUUGAAACUCUUCAGAAUGUAGUUGAAGCUGCUCAUCCUUAGAAUUGUUUUUAUUUCUCUCGCUCUCUGGCUGGCUCUCUGGCUGGCUCUCUGGCUGGCUCUCUGUCUCUCUGGCUCCAUUAUCUAAUUUCCCUUUGUUUUCCUGUCUUUCACACAUAUUCUGUCUCAUCUCGCUCUCCCCCCUCUGUCUCUUGCUCUCUCUCUCUCUCUCUCUCUGUGUGUGUGUGUGAUAACUCUGUCAGUAACUUGCUUCCUCUUAAUAUUCCUCUUGUCCCUUAGGACCCAGCCUCGCCAGUCUGAAGGACCUAGGGUAAAUCACUAUUCUACUCGCACACACCUGUCAAUGUGCCUGAGGUCAAGGUGAACCUCUUAACUGCUAUUUCCCAGCUCCUACACCCAAUACCCAAUAGAUUUUCCCUGGCCUUUCCAGUUAACAUUGUGCUGCACCAAUGUAUAGGCCUUUUUGUACUGGAUAAAAACUGAUGACGAUGUUGGUUUAACAGCUGAUCAUCAUGUUCCAUCUGAGAAAAAUUUGAGGUCAAACUAAUUUCGAAGCUGACGGGCUGAUUGAGUACACAGGCACACGUACACUGAGGUCAGGACUGACUGUGCUCCCAUACAGCCUGCUAAAUUACAGGCCCAGCAGCAGCAGAGUGCAGUAACACCUCCUUUUGUUGUCUUUCUCCUGCUUUCUGCUCUCCUCUCUUUCUCCUCCUCUGCUCCUAGUCUGAAGGGGAGAACAGGGUGUGUGCGUAGGGCCAGGAGUUUUUUGAGGCACUGCUUUUACCGGUAUUUCCAGCAAUGUCCACUAGUUUUGCUGCAGGUAGGAAAUCCUAGGAAAUGUUCUGUAAUUGACACAAUCAAUGUCUGGUUGUGCGUGAACUAAACGACUAUCGCCCCGUAGCACUCACCUCUGUCAUCAUGAAGUGCUUUGAGAGAGUAGUCAAGGAUCAUAUCACCUCUACCUUACCUGCCACCCUAGACCCACUUCAAUUUGCUUACCGCCCCAAUAGAUCCACAGACGAUGCAAUCGCCAUCACUCUGCACACUGCCCUAUCCCAUCUGGACAAGAGGAAUACCUAUGUAAGAGUGCUGUUCAUUGCCCUCCCAGGACACAUUCAGCAUUCAACACCAUAGUACCCUCCAAGCUCAUCAUUAAGCUCGAGGCCCUGGGUCUGAACCCCGCCCUGUGCAACUGGGUCCUGGACUUCCUGACGGGCCGCCCCCAGGUGGUGAAGGUAGGAAACAACACCUCUACUUCGCUGAUCCUCAACACUGGGGCCCCACAAGGGUGCGUGCUCAGCCCACUCCUGUACUCCCAGUUCACCCAUGAGUGCGUAGCCAUGCACGCCUCCAACUCAAUCAUCAAGUUUGUAGGCGACAUAACAGUAGUAGGCUUGAUUACCAACAAUGACGAGACAGCCUACAGGGAGGUGGUGAGGGCUCUGGGAGUGUGGUGCCAGGAAAAUAACCUCUCACUCAACAUCAACAAAACAAAGGAGAUGAUCGUGGACUUCAGGAAACAGCAGAGGGUGCACCCCCCUAUCCACAUCGACGGGACCGCAGUGGAGAAGGUGGAAAGCUUCAAGUUACUUGGUGUACACAUCACUGACAAACUGAAAUGGACCACCCACACAGACAGUGUGAUGAAGAAGGCGCAACAGAGCCUCUUCAACCUCAGGAGGCUGAAGGAAUUAGGCUCUGCACCUAAAACCCUCACACUUUUACAGAUGCACAAUUGAGAGCAUUCGGUCGGGCUGUAUCACCGCCUGGUACAGCAACUGCACCGCCCGCAACCGCAAGGCUCUCCAGAGAGUGGUGCGGUCUGCCCAACGCAUUACCGGGGGCAAACUACCCGCCCUCCAGGACACCUACAGCACCCGAUGUCACAGGAAGGCCAAAAAGCUCAUCAAGGACAUCAACCACCCGAGCCACUGCCUGUUCACCCCGCUAUCAUCCAGAAGGUGAGGUCAGUACAGGUGCAUCAAGGCUGGGACCGAGGGACUGAAAAACAGCUUCUAUCUCAAGGCCAUCAGAGACUGUUAAAUAGCCAUCACUAGCACAUUAGAGGCUGCUGCCUAUAGACAGACUAGAAAUCACUGGCCACAAUAAUGUUUACAUAUCUUGCAUUACUCUUCUCAUGUCUAUGUACUGUAUUCUAUACUAUUCUACUGUAUCUUAGUCCAUGCCGCUCUGACAUUGCUCGUCCAUAUAUGUAUAUAUUCUUAAUUCCUUCCUUCCUUAUAUUUGUGUGUAUUGGGUAUAUGUUGUGAAAUUGUUAGAUAUUACUGCACUGUCGGAGCUAGAACCACAAGCAUUUCGCUACACCCGCAAUAACAUCUGCUAAACACGUGUAUGUGACCAAUACAAUUUGAUUUGAUUUGUGUGUGUUUGGCAGGGGGAUUGCCUAAGGCAGGGGAGGCGUAGCUCUGCAACUCAAUCGCACAAAGCCUAUUUGGCAGGGAAUACUAUUAAAUGGUAGAUCAGUGAUUUUACACCUCACUUUGUUCAAGCUGAUCCACUCCAACAGACUCGGAAGUUGUGGCUAAAAAUGUGUCAAUUAGGAGCAGUUAAAGGGGAGAGUCGAUUAAACCAACCAUGUUUUUGCGAAUUCGUGGGUAGUCCUGACCGGGACUCAAACCCGGGUCCAGCAACCGUUAAGCCAACACCUUAACCAUUACACCAAGAGAUCCGAACCUCUUGGCCUACACCUUAACCGUUACGCCAAGAGUCCAAGCCUCUUCGCGUACGGUUAAGGUGUUGACUUGACAGUCGCUGGAUCCGGGUUCGAGUCCCGGUCGGGAGUUACCCCCAAAUUCGUCACCCCUUUAACUUUUCCUAAAUUACCCCUUUUAAGCUACAACUUCCGAGUCCAUUAGAGUGGAUCAGCUUGAACAAAGAGAGAUGUAGAAUCACUGAUCUUCAAAUAGUAUACCCUGCCAAAUAAUAGGCUUUGUGCAAUUUAAGAUUCGCAGAGCUACACCUCCCUGGCUUAGGCAAUCCUCCCACAAAACACACACUCACCACCAGACAUGGAUUGAUUGAUUGAUUAGAGACAGUCAACUAAAUAACAUUUCCUAGUAUUUUCUAACUGCAGAAAACCUAGUGGAAAUAACGGUAAAGCAAAGUGCCCCAAAACCCCUGGCCCUAUCUAUACAGAAUAGUGCACUACUUUUUGUCAAAGGUCAUGCACUAUGUAGGGCAGCGUUUCCCAAGCUCUGUCCUCGGGGCCCCAAGGGGUGCACGUUUUGGUUUUUGCCCUAACACCACACAGCUGAUUCUAAUUAUCAAAGCUUGAAGAUUAGUUGAUCAUUUGAAUCAGCUGUGUAGUGCUAGGGCAAAAACCAAAACGUGCACCCCUUGUGGUCCCGAGGAACGAGUUUGGGAAACCCUGAUGUAGGGAAUAGGGUGCAAUUUGGGGGACACACCCUGUUCUCCCCUUCAGAUUAGACCAGGCUGUGAAUGUACCCGAGACAUAUCACACCUCUUUACAGGUCUCAGUUUUACACCGGCUGAAAGCCUCCGGAGAAGAAGGCUCUUCCUCUCCUUCCUCUUCCACUCCUUUCUCUUCCUCUCCUUUCUCUCCUUAUUUCCUCUUCCUCUCCUUCCUCUCCUCGCCUUCCUCUCCUUCUGCUCCUCUCUUCCUCUCCUUCCUCUUCCUCUCCUUCUGCUCCUCUCUUCCGCUCCUCCCUUCCUCUUCCUCUCCUUCCUCUUCCUCUCCUUCCUCCCUCUCCUUCCUCUUCCCCUACUCUCUUUCUCUCCUUCCUCUCCUUCCUUUCCUUUCUCUUCUUCCUCUCCUUUCUCUCUUUCCUCUCUUUCCUCUUCCUCUCCUUCCGCUCCUCUCCUUCCUCUCCUUUCUCUUCCUCUCCUUUCUCUCCUUCCUCUUCCUCUCCUCUCCUUCCUUUCCUCUCCUUCCUCUUCCUCUUCCUCUCCUUGCUCUCUCCUCUCCUUCCUCUCCUCCCUUCCUCUCCUCUCUUUCUCUCCUGAGACCUCAGACAUUUCAUUAGCGCACUCGAGGCAUCCGUCCGUCCUUCAUCGUCCUCAUCCCUCUUUUGUAUCGAACACCAAAGAAGAAAAAAGAAAUCAUAACCUAAUGUUGCAUAUUAAAAUGUAGCUGCAUGCUCCAACAACGUGCUGGGGAAAGAUUAGAAUUAUGGUUUAAUUUUCUUCGCCAUCGGCUCAUUUCUAAAUUCCGAAGCUAUAUUGGAGGGAGGCUAAUGUAUUGCAAAUAUUUGUACAGGUCCUGAAAGGAGUUGUUAUUAUACUGUAGAUGAGAGCGGAGACUCUGUCCUCUAGUAGAUAAGCCUAUAAAGUGGAGUCUGUAAUUGAAAACACAGCGUAACUUCAUUCCGUUCUGAAUUAGACUUCACCUCACCUCACACACACUUUAUGAAGGGCCAUAUAACAAACCAGGAUAGAUUUCUGAUUGAAAAAGAAUCAUUGAUCAUUCUCUCUCCCAUCUAUGUCCCAAAUGGUACCCUAUUCCCAAUCUAGUGCACUACUGCCCUAUGACCCUUGAUCAAAAGUAGUGCAUUACAUAGGAAAUAGGGUGCCAUUUGGCACACAUAGCAUCUCUUAGUAGAGAGGCAGUGAGAUGAGGGAGAGAAGAACUAAAAGCAGUCACCCUAACGUUUCAUCUUCAAUAACCCCUCUUGUGUUCUCUUCUGCCAUAUCAACCAAAGACACCUUCAAAGUUUUCUUUGUAACUCUGCUGCUUUGAACAUUCAUGGACGAAAAAAAGAUAUGUCUGAGUAGAAAUGUGUCUAAUCUUGAAGUGUUGUCAUCUUGGUAUCUCUCUCAAAAGAAAAUAAAUGGAGUAGUUUCUGUAUCAUAAUGCACUGUAUCAAUCAUAUCAUCGCUAAUGACACUGACGGAAACUUCUACCGGACCGAAAGUUUAAAUGUGUUGUAGGCUGAAUAUCCUUGCCCAGCCUGGUCAACGCCAAGGUUGGUGCCAACGGGUCAUUGCUCUAGCCUACAGAAAAUGUCAUCUUGGUUGUCAAAAAGUUAUAAGAUAAAGGAUUCACACGGGGGUAUAAAUUACUAUGCAGGUAGAAAUAGCCUAUAGGCCACGUGUCAAAUACAAGGCCCAUGGGCCGAAUUCGGCCCAUGCAAUGGUUUGGGUUGUCAAUUCAUUUAAGCCCGCUUCCAUAUAGGCCGCGACACAUUUUUUUUGUUGUCAAAAAUCUUGUUUGUCAAAAAGUUAUACGAUAAAGGAUUCACACCCAGGUAUAAAUGACUACUAAAGGACAAUAGGACACACAAGCUAGUAUAAAUGAGUCAAAAGUUGAGUCAUCUACUUUAUGAAAGUACAGUCUGAUGGCUCACAUUGGUGAAUUCAACAUCAAUUGCGCUGCUUUUGUGUGUCCCAUUUAACGCGCGCAGCAGAGGGAAAGUGUCCAGACACAUGCCACAGUCCUACCUAGGCUACUAAAAUUGUACAGUCUGGCUUAGUUUUUUAAAGCUUGAUAAUUUAGGCCUAUUAACCAAAAAACCAAACCUGCAGCAAAACACCAUGCAAAGGAGAAACAUAUAGACAUAGCCACAGGAAGUAGUGUGGGGGUGCUGCGAUUUGUUUGCGGGGGGGGCAUUUGUAGCUUGAGUCUGAUACUACUUGUGGAAUAUAAAAAUACUUGCUUGAUAUAUGUUUUACAGUUUCUUGAAAUACUUUGCAAAUCAACUUAUUUCUAUGUGAAAACUGAAAUGGUCUAUUCAUUCCUUUAUCAUUUUACUAGACACUCCAGAUCAACUUACAGUAGUGAGUGCAUACAUUUUCACAUUGGUCCCCCAUGGGAAUCGAACCCACAACUCUAGCAUUGCAAGUGCCAUGCUCUACCAACUGAGCCACAUCAUCACAAACCGCUUGAUGUCUCAAUGUACUCUAUUACUGUAUUGUGCAUUGUUUUUCUUCAUGGUGAUGGAAAGUAAUAGACUUGGUAAUCAACCUUCCCAGUCCCCACAUUAUAAUUGGAAGAAGUGUAAACUCUAACAUAGAAUAAUAGCAUUUCACUGCACCUGCAAUAACAUUUUCAAAUAUGUGUAUGCGACCAAUAUUAUUUUAUUUUAUUUUUUAACUACAACGGUAACUCCAAACACAUGUUCUCUAAUAGCAGCUGUUUAGCUGGUUAAACAAAGGUUACAAUGAAUGUCCAAGUAAAGAAAGCUUGCCAGCAGCCAGCGGCACUUGCCGUGACUGGUACUCACGGGUGCUUUUUAAAAAACAUAUGUCCGAUACUUCAGUGCAUAGCCGCGGGAAGUAGUUUGGGGCGGGGGGACGGGGGGGGGGGUUAUGCCCGUGCUGAAGACAUCUAUAUUGGUCCGCUAAUACAGGACUAGUAAAGGCCCAGUGCACUACUUUAGUGAACAAUUUUAACUAAAUGUAUUUGAGUAUUUACCAGCAUUUGUAACUUGAGUCUGAUAAUUAUCUGUACAAAACAGUUAAUCUGAUACUUGUUUGAUAUACAGUAUAUUUUCCAGUUUCUUUAAAUACUUUGCAAAUGCAACUUAUUUCUGUGUGAAAACUGAAAUGGUCUAUUAAUUCAUUUUCAGUAGACACUCUUAUCCAGAGCAACAUUUUCAUACUGGUCCCCCAUGGGAAUUGAACCCACAACCCUAGCAUUGCAAGCGCCAUGCUUUACCAACCUCGACUAACCGUACCUCUUGUAUAUAGCCUCCCUACUGUUAUUUUAUUUUAUUGCUGCUCUUUAAUUAUUAGCUAUUUUUAUUUUGUACUUAUCAAUUUUUUACUUAACACUUUUUUUAUUUGCUUAAAACUGCAUUGUUGGUUAAGGGCAUGUAAGUAAGCAUUUCACUGUAAGGUGAAUACCUGUUGUAUUCGGCGCAUGUGGCAAAUACAAUUUGAUUCGAUUUGAGCCGCAUCAUCACAUCGCAAACCACUUGAUGUCUCAAUUUAUUAAAAUAAUUACUGUAUUGUGUAUUGUUUUUCUUCAUGGUGAAGGAAAGUCCACAGGUACAAAUCUAGAUGACCAGCCUAAGUACAAUACAGUACUGUACAUUUACAUUAAGUGGUGUGUGUAAGGAUGGUAAAUUAAUACUGCACAAAAAGUGAUUGUUUUCCAUAUUAUUUGAUCAAGAAAAAUAUUUAAUUUGACGUGGAUGUUUCGUGUCUGCCCAUGACCCACCUUUUGAUGUAAAUGUUAGAGGACAGGGUUUGGUUCUUUCUGGAUUCCAUUAAAAUGACAAUCGCAUAGAAGGGGACAGGGCAACAACUCUUACAAUUCCAACUAUUGAAUCCUGCAAGAUACUGUUCUUAAUUAUAAACUGGGUGGAUCGAGCCCUGAAUGCCGAUUGGCUGGAAGCCGUGGUAUAUGAGACCAUAUAGCACGGGUAUGACAAAACAUGUAUUUUUACUGUUCUAAUGACGGUUGUAACCAGUUUAUAAUCGCAAUAAGGCACAUUGAGGGUUUGUGGUAUAUGGCCGAUAUACCACAGCUAUGGGCUGUAUCCAGGCACUCCGCAUUGCGUCUUGCGUAAGAACAGCCUUUAGCCGUGUUAUAUUGGCCAUAUACCACACCCCCGCGUGCCUUAUUGCUUAAUUAUCCAACUACUUUUUUGCCAAAGUGGAGAUGCUGACAUUAUUUUUUUUGCCUACGCUACAGACGUCUAUAUCGGUCCGAUAGUAAAGGCAACUAUUUUCACUACUUUUGCAGCACCUGCAGUACCCCUAUUUCUCGCUGCUAUGCAUGUAGGCCUCUUACAGCAACAUUUGAGCAGUAGCCUAGGCUGGCUACUCAAUCUACAAGACAUUAUGAGUGCCCCAUACAGCAAUGCUGCGUUCAACCACAACGGCGAUCCAUGCAGUGCAAAAAAAAUGAAAAACAUGUUUUAAGGUUAAAUGUAAAGCUACAACAACCUAGCUACGUUUUUGUUAUUCAGGGUUAUUAAAUACUUUUUGAUUAGGCUUGCAGCAUAUUAUGCACAUCUGCAAGCAUAGCAGCAAAGGCUGGACAAAUAUUAUUUAUCUCUUUUGUUUUAAUAUGUUAAAAAUGCUAUAUACAGCAUCCUAUGUACAUAUGUGGACAUUAUAAAGGAACAUAUUGUUUCAAAUAAAACAAUGGCCAGUUUGGGUCUGUAAAAACAAACAUAAUAGUCGAUGUCUGGCCCUAGAAUUCAUUGUUUUUUUUCUCAAUAUGGCUCUUGGCUGAUUGAGUUUGACACCCCUGCUGUAGGCCUACAACAAGUUAGUAUAAGCUUCCAUUCCUCCCAUCUUUCAUUUAAUUGGACCCAAGUCACAGUAGUAAAUAGAUAAGCUAUUUCAAGUAUUUUGUUCUAGGCUAUGAAUCCGAAAGGGAGUGCGGCUUAUAACAUAAAGUAGAAUUUAACAGGUGAACAGACCGUUUACAUUUUGCAUGGAAGUGCGUACUGUCAGUAGGCCAACUGUAUUGUAUUUUUUCAGAGUAGACAAUGUUUCAGAAUUCGCGGGCAGUGCAGCAUAUUUAGGUUGGGGAAAAAAAUAAAUGCAAAACAUUAUUGAAUUCAAACGAUCUGUUUACAGGUCCACAACAAUUUGCAAAUUGUUUUUGUCUUUCAGAAACAUGGUCAAAUAGAGAAAAAUGGCACUGCAACAGAAAACAUUCUGCCAACACCUCCAAAGACAUUUGAUCAAGUUCGCAAUUGCUAUUUCUUUUACUCUCUUGGCCUGAUUCCAAUACUUCCAAAGUAUAUAGCAAAUAAGGGCGUAUUGUCACCAUAAAAUGUGAAUUAUGGGCGUUUUUCAGGCGGCCUUAUAAUGCUUGUUCACACGCACUUUUGUUUUACGACAGGUCUGAUUUAUAAUGGGAAACAUGCUUAUGUAUGGUGUGCGCCAAGUUGAUAAAUCUCAAUAUUUUUGUAUGUGCGCAUACAGAUAUUUAGUGUGAAAUGUAUGCCACAGUUAUGAGGCCCCAGGGCUUAUUGUGGGAGCAACUUAUAAUUUACCUGUUGGAAAACGUCAGUGUUAGUUCCCUUUACCCUGUCCCCCCUGCAUGUUUGACUGUGUGUCAUUAGCUUCUGUGGUCACACUUUAAACAAACUAUAACUUUGAAAGCUUAAUGAAGCCUUCAUAAAUGCUUGAGAUCAUUCAUAAGAACAGGUCAUGUUUUACAUAGGAUGGCAAGCAUGUUAGGUCACAUUCUGUUUCUGUAAUAGAUGGCAUCCUGUCUCUUGCCACCUUGUCUUCGCUAUGUUUUCCUGUCCCCAGGCUUCUGUCUCACUGUCCCCUGUCCCCUUUUUGCAUGACCUACAGUGGGGAAAAAAAGUAUUUAGUCAACCACCAAUUGUGCAAGUUCUCCCACUUAAAAAGAUGAGAGAGGCCUGUAAUUUUCAUCAUAGGUACACGUCAACUAUGACAGACAAAUAGAGAAUUUUUUUUCCAGAAAAUCACAUUGUAGGACUUUGUUAUAGACCCUUUGUUGGCAAUGACACAGGUAAAAACAUUUUUCUGUAAGUCUUCACAAGGUUUUCACACACUGUUGCUGGUAUUUUGGCCCAUUCCUCUAUGCAGAUCUCCUCUAGAGCCGUGAUGUUUUGGGGCUGUCGCUGGGCAACACGGACUUUCAACUCCCUCCAAAGAUUUUCUAUGGGGUUGAGAUCUGGAGACUGGCUAGGCCACUCCAGGACCUUGAAAUGCUUCUGACAAAGCCACUCCUUCGCUGCCCGGGCGGUGUGUUUGGGAUCAUUGUCAUGCUGAAAGACCCAGCCAUGUUUCAUCUUCAAUGCCCUUGCUGAUGGAAGGAGGUUUUCACUCAAAAUCUCACGAUACAUGGCCCCAUUCAUUCUUUCCUUUACACGGAUCAGUCGUCCUGGUCCCUUUGCAGAAAAACAGCCCCAAAGCAUGAUGUUUCCACCCCCAUGCUUCACAGUAGGUAUGGUGUUCUUUGGAUGCAACUCAGCAUUCUUUGUCCUCCAAACACGACGAGUUGAGUUUUUACCAAAAAGUUCUAUUUUGGUUUCAUCUGACCAUAUGACAUUCUCCCAAUCCUCUUCUGGAUCAUCCAAAUGCACUCUAGCAAACUUCAGACAGGCCUGGACAUGUACUGGCUUAAGCAGGGGGACACGUCUGACACUGCAGGAUUUGAGUCCCUGGCGGCGUAGUGUGUUACUGAUGGUAGGCUUUGUUACUUUGGUCCCAGCUCUCUGCAGGUCAUUCACUAGGUCCCCCUGUGUGGUUCUGGGAUUUUUGCUCACCGUUCUUGUGAUCAUUUUGACCCCACGGGGUGAGAUCUUGCGUGGAGCCCCUGAUCGAGGGAGAUUGUCAGUGGUCUUGUAUGUCGUCCAUUUCCUAAUUAAUGCUCCCACAGUUAAUUUCUUCAAACCAAGCUGCUUACCUAUUGCAGAUUCAGUCUUCCCAGCCUGGUGCAGGUCUACAAUUUUGUUUCUGGUGUCCUUUGACAGCUCUUUGGUCUUGGCCAUAGUGGAGUUUGGAGUGUGACUGUUUGAGGUUGUGGACAGGUGUCUUUUAUACUGAUAACAAGUUCAAACAGGUGCCAUUAAUACAGGUAACGAGUGGAGGACAGAGGAGCCUCUUAAAGAAGAAGUUACAGGUCUGUGAGAGCCAGAAAUCUUGCUUGUUUGUAGGUGACCAAAUACUUAUUUUCCACCAUCAUUUGCAAAUAAAUUCAUAAAAAAUCCUACAAUGUGAUUUUCUGGAUUAUUUUUUCUAAAUUUGUCUGUCAUAGUUGACGUGUACCUAUGAUGAAAAUUAUCUCAUAUUUUUAAGUGGGAGAACUUGCACAAUUGGUGGCUGACUAAAUACUUCCCCCCCCACUGUAUAAAGCCCUUUUUACAUCAGCAGAUGUCACAAAGUGCUUAGACAGAAACCCAGCCUAAAACCCCAAAGAGCAAGCAAUGCAGAUGUAUGUCCCCUGUCCCCAUGUCACCUCUUCCUCUGUGCCCUGUCCCCUUUUCCCCAGUCCUGUGCUCUGUUCCCAUUACCCUAUUCACCUGUCCUCCUGCCCCAUGCCCCAUUUUUCCUGUCCCUGUCCCCCUGUCCCACGUCCCCUGUCCCCUGUAUGUGUUCAGUUUGUGUCAUUAUUCGUUUCUGUAAUAGAUGGCAGAGCCGAACGGGCUACAGUCAGGGUUUAGGUUACCUCGCCCCCAGGCAACUUCGAGCGAGACUAGGGUUUAGGAGAGACUGGAUGCAUCCCAAAUGGCAUCCUAUAUAGGAGACACUGGAUGCAGGCUCUGGUCAAAAGUAAAGCACUAUAAAGGGGAUAGGGUGCCAUUUGGGACACAGACACUCACUCUUAGCAUAGGCAUCAGACAUGGCGAUAUUCAUAGGUCAGGCUCUGAAUUCUAAUGCUUACUGUUGUUGGGUUUCUCUGCCUGGCCUCCAGUAUUAGUGUUCUGAAUCUGAACACAGUUUGUUCACUCCACACUUUAGUCAUAAACAAAGCUGUCAGUUCUCAGUGUGUUUAGCCUUACCUGUGAAUGUAAUGUCCUCUCAAGGAUUUGUAUUCUAAUGCCAUAGACUUGGACCACUCUAGUGCCCAAAAGCCUGUAUUAGCAUGGGCAGCGCCGUUGAGGACUUUCACCAUUUUGAAUUAGUCAACUGGGUGGGAAUUCCUAUGGGUUAAGGAAGGAUCACAUAAUUGGCAAUAAAUCACCAACCUUGGAUUUAUACCUGUUCAAACAACACACUCCAGGUGGCAGUAUUACAUUUUACAUUUUAGUCAUUUAGCAGACGCUCUUAUCCAGAGCGACUUACAGUUAGUGAGUGCAUACAUUUUCAUACUAUGCACCCUUAAAGUUUGUUUACCAACUCAUAGAAGUAGUAGAAGAAGAAAUUGACCUUUUAAAAUGGAGAUAGCCUCAAUAGCACUGCCCAUGUUGUCACAGAUGCUAGAUGGGGCAGAUACAAAGAUGAGAAGUCUAACUAAGUCUAUGUCUAAAGCUCUGUAUUGUUUGAGUUUAUCUGUGCUCAGUAUUCAUACUCCUCACAGUUUGUUUACCUCUAAAUGUAGUCAUAAACAGAGCUGUCAGUCUUCAGUCAGAUUUACGAGGUUGAGCUCCCCUGAUCACUCUAUCCUUAGAGGGCAGAAUAAAUUAACCAAAUACAAAUAAUGCAUAAAGGCUGUAGGGCUAUUUCUGCUGAUGCUCAAUUAGUCAAUAGAUAUCUAAAGGCUAAGUUCAGUAAGACAUAUACUGGAGAAUAUUAAAACUAGUUCAAUUAUCUACAGUAUAAUAGCUGUAUUCUUUGUUCUGUUUUUCAGUGAUGGGUAGUUCACGGUUCCCCUUUAACAUAGAAGGAGCGUCCGAGUUGCACUGAACAUGUGAGUGUCUGAGUCAAUGUGUGUCAGGAGAAGACAAAGGGUUGAGGUGUGUUUGCUCUGCCGUGUUAUCACAUUUAGACUUGGUUCAUUUGUGGCUUCCAAGGAAUCGAACAAACUAUCUUGGUGUUGCAAGCACAAUUCUCUCUCUCUCUCCUCUCUCUCUCUCUCUCCUCUCUCCUCUCUCUCUCUCUUCUCUCUCUCUCUCUCUCUCUCUCUUCCUCUCUCCCCUCUCUCUCUCUCUCUCUCUCUCUCUCUCUCUCUCUCUCUCUCUCUCUCUCUCUCUCUCUCUCUCUCUGUGUGUGUGUGCACUCUUCUCUAAUGAACCCAGUGUGAGCCAGCAGAGCAAGGUUUUAUUCCGCCUUUCUGAUGUAAUGUAGUCUCUGAGGAGAACGUCACAAUGGCACCCUGA